AUGUCAGAUGGUAAGGAGAGAGUAGGGGGGUUAUAGCUAUGGAGAGGUAAUCGCGGGCACAGUUGCUGUUGCACCGCAUCCCUUUUCCAUUUGCGCAGCCUACUGUGCUUGUGAUGAUACCCGGUCGACCGUGAUGAUGUGUUGUGUGACAGACUCGUAGUAUACUACUAGGCCGCAACCCAUUAGAUGUUGUCACUGCUGUUCACGUCACCUGCACCAGAACAGAAGCAGGGAAGCUGACGGUUGAUAUCGCGACGGGCCACCAGGGUCAAUUUUGCUCUGUUUUUUUGUGAUAAUACAUUUAUCAGGUAGUCGCCUAGGGCGAAAUUAAGCAGGGCUGGAUAGACAGUUACGUUGUAUCGCUGUUCAAAUAUACAGUAGCUAAACCAGCCAGUUGAAGGACUGGGUCGAUUGGAAUUGGUCACCACUAGCAGCAUAGUAGUCGAUCAUGUGUUUGCCUACCUAGUUUAGUGACAUUUAAUGUAUUGUUAAUAGUUGGAAUAAUAUACAAAUGUUGCUAAUCCAGUUUUUCUAUUUAUAGUCCUGGCCUAUAGUGCAUUGUCUGUCGUAAGGCACACAUACACACACACGAUCCAUACAUUAUACAGAUAUUGUUGUUAGUCUAUAAGAGUAUCCAAAUGCAUGACACUGCCAUUUUUCAUAACCACUGUCAUGACAGAGCAGAAGACUCUUUCUCACUCACUCAAAAUACACAAACACAGCACACACACACCUUGUGCACAUAAACCCUUACGAAAAAAUAUUGCAGUCAGAGUGCAGUACACUGCAGUAUAACUGUAGUUAGUGCAGUAUAACUGCAGUUAUUCUGCAAUUACAGCGUUAAAAAUACCACAGUCAAGUGCAGUUACUGAACUUUUACUGCAGUUUGAAAACUGCAAUCUUUUUUUUGUAAGGGAAAAUGCAUGUGUUUAGAAUACUAGAGUGUCUCGCUUUCAGCCUCCAACUGUUUCAUGUAAAGCUGGCCAUUACAAAAAAAGUGCAGGAACAGCAGUCGACUGUGGUAUUGUGGACGCAGAAUAAUUGCAGUGUACAGCAGUUAUACUGCACUCUCACUGCAGUUACACUGCAAAAUUAUUGCAGUAAUAAAAAUGGUUAUUUUGAAUGCAGCAUACUGCACUCUAACUGCAGUUAUACUGUAUUGUACUUCAGUUAUACUGUGCUCUGACUGCAAUCUUUUUUCGUAAGGAGGCACCGCAUGGCAUUUAGGGUACCAUGCCCCUCCUCUUUCAAACAUUUAUCUAUUCUUCAUAAAUACAUAGCCUAAUUCUCCCUCAUUCACCCUAUCUAAGCACUUUACACAGGCUAGGCCCUACCUCUUUCAAGUUUCCCCAUUAUGCUACUCUUUCACCCCUUCUCUCUUUCCCCCACAUGGCCCUAUUCCCACUACGAAAAUAUUUCUACUUUUCAAUUCACAUUCCUUCCUUGCCUUACCUUUCGUUGUGGCUGGCAACGUGACAUUCUUGGUCCGCAGCUCAAAUUGACCGUAAAUAUCACAGUAAGCCAGUAAAGCACUAACUAUUCAACAAUGACAAACUUUUCUUUUACAUUUUUACAUUUUAGUCAUUUAGCAGACGCUCUUAUCCAGAGCGUUAAGUGCCUUGCUCAAGGGCACAUCGACAGAUUUUUCACCUAGUCGGCUCGGGGAUUAGAACCAUUGACCUUUCGGUUACGGGCACAACGCUCUUAACCACUAAGCUACCUGCCGCCCCAUAUUACACUAUUGAAUAAUGCAACCAAACCAUAUUACACUCUUGAAUAAUGCAACAAUUCACAAGCAUGUGCAGACAAUUAAAAUGUUUAUUUUAUCACCUGUAGUCUACUCACUACAUUUUAGCUUCAAGACAAAAGCACAGUUGCUAACAGCAUGUCUUCAUCAAGUAAAGUUAGCCUUUAAAAAAUUAACAAUUAACCCUCUCAUACGAAUAUAAAAGUACUGUAGGCCUACCUAACAACAUUACAACAAACCUGGCAUAAUUUUUUAUCAAUAGCAUGCAAAUCAUUACAUGUGGUAAAAGCAAAUUGUAACUGAAAACAGGGGUAUAAGUGAAUUCAUUGUGGAGUUGCGAUGAGCUGUUUUAUAUGGAUGCCCAUACCCGCCAUCCCCAAAAAUAAAUUCUUAAUGAUUUGUGAAGAUGCAAAAUUAGUCUGUGCUUCAUUCUGAUAAACUGUAGCCUACUGAUGACAACCACAGCUACAUGUAGCCUAGAGAAGCCUAUGCGCUCUGAUCCCAUCUGGGCCUGGCCAGGGGAAACGUAACAUCAUAUUUUUAUAGUCAAAGCUAUGUAUUUAUAGCCUAAAAUAGGCCCAUUUUAUUUGUGUUCUUAGACAAUGUGAUUGUGAUCAAAUUUGGUUUAUAUUCAAACUUCGGGUGGCUAGGCUACUUGGGCCUUUUGAAUAAAAAAUGGACUGGAAUUAAUCUACACAAUAGUGAUGACAUACUGUAUGAGUAUCUUUUUAAUUACAGAUGCAAAGGCCUACACGAUGCAACCCUGCAUAAAGCUAGCUCGGCCCUGUUAGUUUUAUUGUCCAAUCGCAGUUGUUGUCUGUGUAAAGGGUUUUAAUGUUUUCAUCCUCCUAGGGCCAGGAGUUUGUCUAGUUUUAAUUUUUCUAUAAACCAUAUGACCUAAUUAGAACAAAUCUGGUGCCAUCAUAGCUCAUACAAAACCACUUUUUACAGCUGAUUUAUUACUAUGACAUACGCUACAACUAGUGUCCGGAGUUGGUUAGGUUAGCCUACUACCACAUCCGUAAAAACUGGGCCCCAGGAAAACAAAUUCCCCCCAGCACUCUGGGACUAGUGGUACCACCUCUGAAAUCAUCACACUAUGUUACAAAUGAAAAAACACAUCCUAUUUGUAUGUUUUUGGUGGUGGGGAUUGGCUUCCAUAGUUUUAUGUGGCUCAAUGCAGCUGUCGGCUGCUGCAACUAUUUCAAAAUGUAACAGGCUGUUACUGCAAUUUCAGGUAAAACUCAAUAAAACAUGUCUCAUAUUAGGAAAAUGUCUAUACAUUUCAGCUGUUUCAAAAAUAUUGCUCUCCAUUUAUACUGUUUACAGUGCCCUGCUUCAAGGGGGCAACUGUCGGGUCGAGUGUUGUGCGCUACCUCUGGAGGUAGCGGUUGAGACGUAGCAAGAAUGCAAGUUUACAUUUGAGUAAUAUGUGUAGCCGAUGGUAUUUUCACAAACAUUGUAGUCAGAUUGAAGAGGCUCCAAGAGCCCCCCCCCCCACACACACUCCUCACUCUUGAAAACCGUCUCCUCUUGACCACACCCUUCACACAACUUUUCUCUUGUUAUAACCAUUCCUUAAAUGUAUGUCUCAAAUUAUGAAAAGUGUCAUUUCCUCAAAACCUCAUGGGUCAUGCAUCGAACCUGCAUACUUGUGUCCGCUUGCUUAUGUUCUAUGCAGCAUAUUAUUAUUUCCAGACAUUUUGUGCAAACUGAACAGAUUAUCUGAAAUAAGUAAGUGUAAAGCUAUUCUAUUGAGGGCAGGUUUCAGACUCAGAUUAGACCAAUCCAGACAGUAGGCUUUUUUUUCUCUCCAGUUUUAGUCAAAGAAUGUAGGCUAAACCUUUAGAUUAACCUUGGAUUAUAUAGGCCUACUUCUUAAACUGCAGAUUCUGUGACUUGGAUCUGUUAGCCAAAAUGUAGCCACAGUUCAGUAGAAUAUUCAAAUGCAUCCAUGAAACCAUAGGGUAAAUCCAUUUGAAUUCAAUAAUUUUUUGACAGCAUCGCUUGUGAUUUAAACAAAACUUUCCAUACAAAACUUUCCAUACACUUUCCAAUUUUAUUCCCAUUUUAGUACAUUUAUCAGCCAAAACAUGACACUCACCCUGUAUUCAAGAGCAUGUUGUCUCAACCGAUGGCGGUCACAACACAAUAACCUUAGAUUAUAGGGCUGCACGAUUAAUCAAAUUCAGAUUGUAAUUGCGAUAUUGACGUGCAACAACCAUAUCGCAAGAGUCUGCGAUUUUCUCUUUUAUUUGUCACGCAGUUAAUACAACAAAAACUAGACUACAGUACCUCCUCCAAUGAGAUCCGCUAGACUCCGUUCAUUCACACUCUACAUGCACAGAGGAUGCUGACCAAUCACAAGCGGACUCUCUGCAUGGCAUGCACAUGCUGGCCAAUCACAAGCGUCCCCACUUAAAGCACAUGCUGGUGAGGAGAGAAAGGGCUUUACCAAAAAAGGGUGCAUCUUCAGUGGUAUGGCAGUAUUUCGGCUACAGCAAAAAGUGCCUCAGAGUUGUGAUGACAACAAGACGCGACAACAAGAGGCAACACAACAAAUGUAUUAAAUCAUUUGAAGAAUAACCAUCCCCUACUUUACGACGAUUGCAUGGUAAGAAAACUCGCCCGACAGCAGCAAAGCCCUUCAGCCACAACCAGCCAGCUACGUUAAAGGGCAAUUCCGCCACUUUUCAACCUCAUAUUCAUCACCUCCAGCACCAAACAAGUGUCUACAUACUGUAUGUGAAUACGUUUCUAUGAUCUGGGGUUAAAAAUAUAAGUAGAAAGGCCCUAAAAAAAUGCUUCUGAGACAUCACAGGGUAGGAUUUUCAAAACUUGCAAUGAGUUUCUAGACCAAGGGGGUAUUUUCCUGCUCCCCAAGUCACCGCGUCUCAUAAUUUUUGAAAAUCACUGUUUUUAAAAUGUUGUAAUGUUAUUUUUAUGUUUGAUUUUUUUAUCCUUUAUUUAUUUUAGUCAUUUUUUUUUAUUACCCCCUUUUUCUCCUUAAUUUUGUAGUAUCCAAUUGGUAGUAGUUACAGUCUUGUCCCAUCGCUGCAACUCCCGUACAGACUCUGGAGAGGCAAAGGUCGAGAGCCUCUCCCGAGUCCUCCGAAACACAACCCAGCCGAGCCGCGCUGCUUCUUGACAUAAUGCCCGCUUAACCCAGAAGCACCAAUGUGUCGGAGGAAACACCGUACACCUGGUGACUGUGUCAGCGUGCACUGCGCCCGGCCCGCCACAGGAGUCGCUAGUGCGCGAUGGGACAAGAAUACCCCUGCCGGCCAAACCCUCACCUAACCUGGACGACGCUAGGCCAAUUGUGCGCCGCCCCAUGGGUCUCCCGGUCGCGGCCGGCUGCGACAGAGCCUGGACUCGAACCAGGAUCCUAGACCACUGCGCCACUCGGGAGUACCUGUUUUAACUUUUGAUGAUGUCAUCGGGUAGAACUUUUAAACUUUAUAUAUACAUAUUUUUCUACAAAACUUAGAAAUGCACCAUUUUCACAUAUGUUGGCACUGGUAUUGUGCUGGAGAUAAUGAAAAUGAGGUUGAAAAGUGGUUGAGUUGCCCUUUUCUUGAACAGGCAUUGAUUGCUCGUGCGUUUUCAAGUGUAACGCCCUACGAAAAACAUCCUGCAGACACAUGGAAAUCACAGAGGCUAUCACAUGGUUCCUAUUUACACAGUCGGCAAAGACUGCUUCAAGAAGAUGAUAAACAAGCUGGCCAGGAGAUACAAGAUUCCAUCUCGCACAUAUUUCUCCCAAGUCGCCAUCCCAACGCUAUAACAAAAUUAAGGGAGAAGGUGAAUCAUGUUGCGUUGGAUGACUGGACCAGACUCCAAUGUUUUGAACAGGCUGCACCUUGCAAUCGAUAGGCUACGUGUCACAUGAUUUUAAGUUACUUUGACUUAUAAUUUCAAUUAUAAUAAUGAUUGAGCCUACUUAUAAUUGCACAAUCAUAAGCUUCCCAUUCCAUCUUCAGCCAAUGGCUGCCUGAAUAAAUAAUUAACUUAGGUUAUUUAAGAACUCAUAAUGGUAAAAUAGGAAGUUGUGUAAUUCAUUAAUUCAUUAAUAAGUGCUGUGCUUAUAGCGCACUAUAUUUUGAUGAUCAUGUUAAAAAUGUAUGUUUGUUAGUAUGUAGGUGUAAUAAUCCUAUCUAUUGUCAUAUGUAGCCUAUAAAAAUGUUGGAAAAUAUUUAUUUAAUUUGGUUUUGUAUUCAGUUAGCACAGUAUGUAUUCAUUCAUAUGAUCUCAUUUUAGAAGUGAUGUCUACCCUGACAUUUGUUUUAACCAUGUCUGAUGGAAUUCACAUUUCGUUAUCACAAUUAGAUAUUUUGUCCAAAUCGUGCAGCCCUAUUAGAUUAUGUAAAAUAGGGUAUAAAAUACAACAUAUGCAAAUGAAUUUUUAGAUCAUUUACGUUAAAGGUUAAACACAGAAAUUAUAAAAUAGUUGUAAGCUUUUAAAUUAUAUCAGUCUCAACCCUUUAUCUUUUUCCAAUGAUGAAGACAUGGAUGUCUCAUCGUAUGGUGUGGAAUGCAAAAUGGGUCAGCUUUGAGCACCUUUAUCUCUUGAAUGUUUUGGCAUUCCGGUCCCAAAAGUCACUUUCUUAGCACUUCUACAAUGGGCAAAUAUAUAUGGAAGGUUUUGUUCAAAUCAAAAGGGGGGAUGCCAAAAAGUGAAUCAAUUCAAAUGGAUUUACUCCAUUAUUAUCUAGAGAGUAGGCUAGCCUGAUCUAGACCUUUUUGAAAAUACCACAAUAUAGAUUGUAUAUUGAGUAGUCUAGAUGUUACCACGCAGGACCAUAUUUAUAUUGCAGAUGAUGAACUUUCCUAACAUAUGUAAUGUCUUGAUUGUAUGUAAAAGCUAUGCAAAUUAAUGUAUUCAGGGCUCGACAUACAGGGCUGCCUGCUGGCCCGGGGAUGUUUUGGAAACCCACCGGGCCAGUCGAUCAUCUCCGUCAGUGACCCGCUUGGGCCAGUGAAAAAAAUAUUGUAAUAAUGCUAUUUUUAAUCUAGGCUAUAUAAUUGAUUGUAUUAUAUAUGUUGAUUUAUUUAUCACACGCGCUGCACACAUACAGUACCUUCGGAAAGUAUUCAGACCCAUUUACCUUUUCCACAUUUUGUUAAGUUACAGCCUUAUUCUAAAAUAGAUUAAAUAAAUAAAAAUCCUUAGCAAUCUACACACAAUACCCCAAAAUGACAAAGUGAAAACAGGUUUUUAGAAAUUUUUGCAAAUUUAUUAAAAAUUAAAAACACAAAUACCUUAUUUACAUAAGUAUUCAGACCCUUUGCUAUGAGACUCGAAAUUGAGCUCUGGUGCAUCCUGUUUCCAUUGAUCAUCCUUGAGAUGUUUCUACAACUUGAUUGGAGUCCACCUGUGGUAAAUUCAAUUGAUUGGACAUGAUUUGGAAAGGCACACACCUGUCUAUAUAAGGUCCCACAGUUGACAGUGCAUGUCAGAGCAAAAAAAAACAAGCAACGAGGUCGAAGAAUUUGUCUGUAGAGCUCCGAGACAGGAUUGUGUCGAGGCACAGAUCUGGGGAAGGGUACCAAAACAUUUCUGCAGCAUUGAAGGUCCACAAGAACACAGUGGCCUCCAUCAUUCUUAAAUGGAAGAAGUUUGGAACCACCAAGACUCUUCCUAGAACUGGCCGCCCGGCCAAACUGAGCAAUCGGGGGAGAAGGGCCUUGGUCAGGGAGGUGACCAAGAAUCCGAUAGUCACUCUGAAAGAGCUCCAGAGUUCCUCUGUGGAGAUGGGAGAACCUUCCAGAAGGACAGCCUUUAUGGUAGAGUGGACAGAUGGAAGCCACUCCUCAGUAAAAGGCACAUGGCAGCCUGCUUGGAGUUUGCCAAAAGGCACCUAAAGGACCCUCAAACCAUGAGAAACAAGAUUCUCUGGUCUGAUGAAACCAAGAUUGAACUCUUUGGCCUGAAUGCCAAGCGUCACGUCUGGAGGAAACCUGGCACCAUCCCUACGGUGAAGCAUGGUGGUGGCAGCAUUAUGCUGUGGGGAUGUUUUUCAGCGGCAGGGACUGUGAGACUAGUCAGGAUCGAGGCAAAGAUGAACGGAGCAAAGUACAGAGAGAUCCUUGAUGAAAACCUGCUCCAGAGCGCUCAGGAUUUCAGACUGGGGCGAAGGUUCACCUUCCAACAGGACAACGACCCUAAGCACACAGCCAAAACAACGCAGGAGUGGCUUGGGGAAAAGUCUCUGAAUGUUCUUGAGUGGCCCAGCCAGAGCCUGGAAUUGAACCCGAUCAAACAUCUCUGGAGAGACCUGAAAAUAGCUGUGCAGCGACGCUCCCCAUCCAACCUGACAGAACUUGAGAGGAUCUGCAGAGAAGAAUGGGAGAAACUCCCCAAAUACAGGUGUGCCAAGUUUACAGCGUCAUACCCAAGAAGACUCGAGGCUGUAAUCACUUCCAAAGGUGCUUCGGCAAAGUACUGAGUAAAGGGUCUGAAUACUUAUGUAAAUGUGAUAUUUCAGUUCUUUAUUUUUAACAAAGUAGCACACAUUUCUAAAAACCAGUUUUUGCUUUGUCAUUAUUGGGUAUUGUGUUUAGAUUGAUGAGGAAUAAAAAAAAGUAAUACAAAAAAUUAGAAUAAGGCUGUAACGUAACAAAAUGUGGAAAAAGUCAAGGGGUCUGAAUACUUUCCAAAGGCACGUGUAACUUUUUGUCAAUUUUUUUAAUGAGCUGCAUUAAAUAUAAUUCCUUACAACAGGGCUGCCCAACACUCUUCCUGGAGAUCUACCGUCCUGUGGGUUUUCAGUCCAACCCUAAUUUAACACACCUGAUUCUACUUAUUAGCUGCUCAACAAGACCUUAACUAGCUGAAUCAGAUAUGCUAAAUUAGGGUUGGACUGAAAACCUACAGGACAGUAAAUCUCCAGGAAGAGGGUUGGGCAGCCCUGCUUUACAACUUUGGUUGGUAUGGCAAUAAAGUAUUAAAACUUGAAUCCAAACUAAAAUGGCUGCCCCACUUCCUCCCCAGGUAAGAGCAAGGAGGCGGAGAUCAAGCGGAUCAAUAAGGAGCUGGCCAACAUCCGCUCCAAGUUCAAGGGGGACAAGGCCCUGGAUGGCUAUAGUAAGAAGAAGUAUGUCUGCAAGCUGCUGUUCAUCUUCCUGCUGGGACAUGACAUCGACUUUGGACACAUGGAGGCUGUCAACCUGCUCAGCUCCAACAAGUACACAGAGAAACAGAUCGUAAGUGAAAUGUGCGCGUGUUUGCGUGUGUGAGAGCACCCAACUUGUAUGAAUGGGUGUGUGCUGUGUCCUUGCGGCUAUGUUUGUCUGUCUGUGUGGGUUGUCUGUAUAUUUUCAGUUUGUGGCAAUCCAUUUCUCAUUGUCUAUGUCUGUCUGGAUCUUGAUAUCCCAGUCUCUGUUUUGUCAGUUGGUUGUACUUGUUGCCUGUAUUUUUUGUAUUUUUUGGGUAUUUAUUAGGGAUCCCAAUUAGCUGUUUCCAAGGCAGCAGCUACUCUUCCUGGGGUCCAAACAUAUUAAAGCACUUACAUUACAUAUAAAACAAAAGAUAAAACAGUACAUCAUAUAACAUUACACCACUACAUAUCUACAAUACAAAAUGUUUAAUACCACCAUACAACAAUAUCACAAUGUGUGCGUAUGCAUGUGUUUGUACCUUUGUGUGUGUAUCUUCACAGUCCCCGUUGUUCCAUAAGGUGUAUUUUUAUCUGUUUUUUAAAUCUGAUUCUAAUGCUUGCAUGAUAAUGCUUGCUUGUUACCUGAUGUGGAAUAGAGUUCCAUGUAGUCAUGGCUCUAUGUAGUACUGUGCACCUCCCAUGGUCUGUUCUGGACUUGGGGACUGUGAAGAGACCUCUGGUGGCAUGUCUUGUGGUGUAUGCAUGGGUGUCCAAGCUGUGUGCUAGUAUUUUAAACAGACAGCUCGGUACAUUCAGCUUGUCAACACCUCUUACAAAAACAAUGAGUGAUGAAUUCAAUCUGUGGUCCUCUGUAGCUCAGCUGGUAGAGCACGGCGCUUGUAACGCCAAGGUAGUGGGUUCGAUCCCCGGGACCACCCAUACACAAAAAAUGUAUGCACGCAUGACUGUAAGUCGCUUUGGAUAAAAGCGUCUGCUAAAUGGCAUAUUAUUAUAUUAUUAAUCUCUCUUCCACUUUGAGCCAUGAGAGAUUGACAUGCAUGUCAUUAAUGUUAGCUCUCCGUGUACUUUUAAGGGACAGCCGUGCUGCCCUGUUCUGAGCCAACUGCAAUAUUCCCAAGUCCCUCUUUGUGGCACCUGACCACACUACUGAACUGUAGUCUAGGUGCGACAAAACUAGGGCCUGUAGGACCUGCCUUGUUCAUAGUGUUGUUAAGAAGGCAGAGCAGCGCUUUAUUAUGGACAGACUUCUCCCCAUUUUAGCGACUGUUGUAUCAAUAUGUUUUGACCAUGAGUUUACAAUCCAGGGUUACUCCAAGCAGUUUAGUCACCUCAACUUGCUCAAUUUCCACAUUAUUCAUUACGAGAUGUAGUUGAGGUUUAGGGUUUAGUGAAUGAUUUGUCCCAAAUACAAUGCUUUUAGUUUUGGAAAUAUUUAGGACUAACUUAUUCCUUGCUACCCAUUCCGAAACUAUCUGCAACUCUUUAAGUGUUGCAGUUAUUUCAGUUGCUGUAGUAGUUGACAUGUAUAGUGUUGAGUCAUCCGCAUACAUAGACACACUAGCUUUACUCAAAGCCAGUGGCAUGUUGUUAGUAAAGAUGGAAAGAAAAGUAAGGGGCCUAAACAGUUACCCUGGGGAAUUCCUGAUUCUACCUGGAUUAUGUUUGAGAGGCUUUCAUUAAAGAACACCCUCUGUGUUCUGUUAGACAAGUAACUCUUUAUCCACAUUAUAGCAGGGGGUGUAAAGCCAUAACACAUACGUUUAUCCAGCAGCAGGCUAAGAUCGAUAAUGUCAAAAGCUGCACUAAAGUCUAACAAGACAACCCCCACAAUCAUUUUAUCAUCAAUUUCUCUGUCAAUCAUCAGUCAUUUGUGUAAGUUCUGUGCCUGUUGAGUGUCCUUCCCUAAAAGUGUGCUGAAAGUCUGUUAUCAGUUUGUUUACUGUGAAAUACAGUGGGGAGAACAAGUAUUUGAUACACUGCCGAUUUUACAGGUUUUCCUACUUACAAAGCAUGUAGAGGUCUGUAAUUGUUAUCAUAGGUACACUUCAACUGUGAGAGACGGAAUCUAAAACAAAAAUCCAGAAAAUCACAUUGUAUGAUUUUUAAGUAAUUAAUUUGCAUUUUUAUUGCAUGACAUAAGUAUUUGAUCACCUACCAACCAGUAAGAAUUCCGGCUCUCACAGACCUGUUAGUUUUUCUUUAAGAAGCCCUCCUAUUCUCUACUCAUUACGUGUAUUAACUGCACCUGUUUGAACUCGUUACAUGUAUAAAAGACACCUGUCCACACACUGAAUCAAACAGACUCCAACCUCUCCACAAUGGCCAAGACCAGAGAGCUGUGUAAGGACAUCAAGGAUAAAAUUGUAGACCUACACAAGGCUGGGAUGGGCUACAGGACAAUAGGCAAGCAGCUUGGUGAGAAGGCAACAACUGUUGGCGCAAUUAUUAGAAAAUGGAAGAAGUUCAAGAUGAUGGUCAAUCACCCUCGGUCUGGGGCUCCAUGCAAGAUCUCACCUCGUGGGGCAUCAAUGAUCAUGAGGAAGGUGAGGGAUCAGCCCAGAACUACACGGCAGGACCUGGUCAAUGACCUGAAGAGAGCUGGGACCACAGUCUCAGUAGCUCAGCUGGUAGAGCAUGGCGCUUGUAACGCCAAGGUAGUGGGUUCGAUCCCCGGGACCACCCAUACACAAAAAUGUAUGCACGCACGACUGUAAGUCGCUUUGGAUAAAAGCGUCUGCUAAAUGGCUUAUUAUUAUUAUUAUUAUUAUUAUUAUUAAAACAAUUAGUAACACACUACGCCGUCAUGGAUUAAAAUCCUGCAGCGCACGCAAGGUCCCCGUGCUCAAGCCAGCGCAUGUCCAGGCCCGUCUGAAGUUUGCCAAUGACCAUCUGGAUGAUCCAGAGGAGGAAUGGGAGAAGGUCAUGUGGUCUGAUGAGACAAAAAUAGAGAUUUUUGGUCUAAACUCCACUCGCCGUGUUUGGAGGAAGAAGAAGGAUGGGUACAAUCCCAAGAACACCAUCCCAACCGUGAAGCAUGGAGGUGGAAACAUCAUUCUUUGGGGAUGCUUUUCUGCAAAGGGGACAGGACGACUGCACCGUAUUGAGGGGAGGAUGGAUGGGGCCAUGUAUCGCGAGAUCUUGGCCAACAACCUCCUUCCCUCAGUAAGAGCAUUGAAGAUGGGUCAUGGCUGGGUCUUCCAGCAUGACAACGACCCGAAACACACAGCCAGGGAAACUAAGGAGUGGCUCAGUAAGAAGCAUCUCAAGGUCCUGGAGUGGCCUAGCCAGUCUCCAGACUUGAAAUAAAAGAAAAUCUUUGGAUGGAGCUGGAAGUCCAUAUUGCCCAGCGACAGCCCCGAAACCUGAAGGAUCUGGAGAAGGUCUGUAUGGAGGAGUGGGCCAAAAUCCCUGCUGCAGUGUGUGCAAACCUGGUCAAGACCUACAGGAAACGUAUGAUCUCUGUAAUUGCAAACAAAGGUUUCUGUACCAAAUAUUAAGUUCUGCUUUUCUGAUGUAUCAAAUACUUAUGUCAUGCAAUAAAAUGCAAAUUAAUUACUUAAAAAUCAUACAAUGUGAUUUUCUGGAUUUUUGUUUUAGAUUCCGUCUCUCACAGUUGAAGUGUACCUAUGAUACAAAUUACAGACCUCUACAUGCUUUGUAAGUAGGAAAACCUGCAAAAUCGGCAGUGUAUCAAAUACUUGUUCUCCCCACUGUAGCAUUGUAUCUGGUCAAACACCAUUUUUCCCAGAAGUUUACCAAGGGUUGGUAACAGGCUGAUUGGUCGUCUAUUUGAGCCAGCAAAGGGGGCUUUACUAUUCUUGGGUAGCGGAAUGACUUUAGCUUCCCUCCAGGCCUGAGGGCACACACUUUCUAGUAGGCUUAAAUUGAAGAUGUGGCAAAUAGGAGUGGCAAUAUCGUCCGCUAUUAUCCUCAGUAAUUUUCCAUGCAGAUUGUCAGACCCCGGUGGCUUGUCAUUGUUGAUAGACAACAAUAAUUUUAUCACAUCUUCCAAACGGUCUUUACGGAAUUCAAUUUGGUCAGAUAUACUUGGAUGUGUAGCGUCAGCAUUUGUUGCUGGCAUGUCAUACCUACAUUUGCUUAUCUUGCCAAUGAAGAAGUCAUUAAAGUAGUUGGCAAUAUCAGUGGGUUUUGUGAUGAAUGAGCCAUCUGAUUCAAUGAAUGAUGGAGCCGAGUUUGCUUUUUUUCCCAAAAGGUCAUUUAAGGUGCUCCAAAGCUUUUUACUAUCAUUCUUUAUAUCAUUUAUUUUUGUUUCAUAGUGUAGUUUAUUUUGAUUUAGUUUAGUCACAUGAUUUCUUAAUUUGCUGUACGUUUGCCAAUCAGUUGGGCUGCCAGACAAUUUCCUCAUCAAUCCCAGGGGAUUUAACAGUCUUUACAGUCAUUUUCGUAAUGGGUGCAUGCUUAUUAGUAACUGGAAUAAGCAAUUUCAUAAAUGUGUCAAGUGCAGCGUCUGGUUGCUCCUCAUUACACACCACAGACCAGCAAAUAUUCUUUACAUCAUCAACAUAUGAAUCACAACAAAACGUAUUGUAUGACCUCUGAUACACUGUAUUAGGCCCAGCCUUUGGAACUUUGGUUUUCCUAGAUAUGGCUACUGUAUUGUGAUCACUACAUCUGAUGGAUUUGGAUACUGCUUUAAAGCAAAUUUCUGCAGCAUUAGUAAAGAUGUGAUCAAUACAUGUUGAUGAUUUAAUUCCUGUGCUGUUUGUAAAUACCCUCUGCCACUGUAUUUCUUUUUCUCUUAAACUGUUCUUUCAAUACACUGGUACAUUUACUUAACCCAUUCUGGGGUCCUAGUCUUGUCUGUCUAUAUUUGCAGUACAACAGAUCAUUGAACUUAGUGUCAUUCAUUCAAAUGUCAAGCUCUGCUUUGGUGUUCAGAUAUUCUGACCGGAACAUUCAAUUGCCAGAGCAAAGACUUUAAAACUUUUAUAAGUAGUCUUAUAUAUGUCACGGUAUGUGUGACUGUAUGACUAUUGGGUUAUACGAUGUGUAUAUACAAAUAUUUAGGUCGAAGGUUGACCUGACAGGGCGUGUUUCAGUACAAAUUCUUUCACAAUGGUCGUUUUAUUGCUUCUUUAAUCAGCACAACAGUUUUCAGCUGUGCUAACAUAAUUGCAAAAGGGUUUUCUAAUGAUCAGUUAGCCUUUUAAAAUGAUAAACUUGGAUUAGCAAACACAACGUAGCAUUGAAACACAGGACUGAUGGUUGCUGAUAAUGGGCCUCUGUACGCCUAUGUAGAUAUUCCAUUAAAAAUCAGCCAUUCCAGCUACAAUAGCCAUUUACAACAUUAACAAUGUCUACACUGUAUUUCUGAUCAAUUUGAUGUUAUUUUAAUUGACCAAAAAAUUGCUUUUCUUUCGAAAACAAGGACAUUUCUAAGUGACCCCAAACUUUUGAACGGUAGUGUUUAUCACCAGUAGUAGCCUACAUUUACUGUUAAUUCCUAUGAUUUCUAAUCUACAAUGUUUGUUUGGUUACAGUCAUUUCUGUUAAUGCAUUCAAUGUAUUAUUAUUCCAGUCUUUUACUGUUCUCAUUGUCAGAGUGGACACGUUGUUUGCAGAGCACCCAACCUAUGCUACAUCUUGUGAGAAACAACUUCUGGUUCAUUUCAUUCCAUUUACGAGUUUUGUCAAUUUAAUCAUAAUCUUUUGUUUGGAGCGCUACUGUCAAUGUUAAGUAAGGACGUGCAUUGAUUAUGCAUAGAUGUAGGCCUAUAGGACCUGGAUAUUUCCUACCUGCAGGCUGCAAUGUUUUUAUUUGUUGGCUUUAUUUAAGCUAUUUCUACAUAGUUGGCAAUGACAAUAGAAGUUGCUUUUUAGUUUUGUAUCAUUUAAAUUUAUAUUUGGAUAGAAUUUUGAUUAACCACAUGACAAUGAUUAUGAGAUACGAAGACGUUAUUAUAAAUUAAAUUAAAAUGUUCCACGAUAUGAAACCAUAACUGGCACGCAGAUCGGUAGAAAUUGUAAGAUAAGUUGGCAUUCCACAUGAGAAAGGUUGCCGACUUCUCGUGUAGCCUAUUACCGGCAACUUCAGGAGAGUAAUGGCCGAAUCUGUAAAAGCCAGCAGGAGGAGGAUGGUCAGGUUAAGGUUGUUCUCUUCUUGAUCUCUGGCUCCCUCUUGAGUCAUUUGUGUCUUAUUUGAUCAAACAGUGUGCUAAAGCAUCAGACAAGCUCAAUUCAUAUGUAAUUGAUUUUAUUAAAACACAUAUAUGGAAAACACUAUAUGUUACAAAUUUAGACCAAUCGAUUGGUCGAAAGAACAGACAACUUUCAGUCGAGCAAGAUUUUUUUUAGUCGGGGACAGCCCUAGGACGUUUACAUGUUAAAACGUUUAAACAAAAUGUAGAUCCUGAAUAUUAAGAAAAAUCCCUAACCGAAAAACAAUGUUUUUUUCUUUCUUUAAAAUCACAGUGCAGUUAUCACAAAACUACCACUAACAGGUUCCGAUCAUCAUCAUUAAGGGAAAAAUAAACAAAUACCUAAUGCAACAAUGCUGUAACGUUAGUAGGAGGGAAAAAAUGAUAUUUUAUUAACCAGAGCUGUAAUGCAUGAGGGAGAGCAAGAGACUCAAAGCAGAGCAGCAGCUCAAAUGUGCGUGACGAGGGGAGCAGGGAGGGGGAGAGCGACAGCAACCAAGUUGACUGGUACUGGUAAACUAACUUAUUGCUAGUUUUUUAAAAUCAAUUUUACAUUUGUUAUUUAGCAGACGCUCUUAUCCAGAGCGACUUACAGUAGUGCAGGGGGUUCUCAAACUUUUUUGGCCCACGACUCCAUUUUGAUAUCUGAAAAAUUUCAAAGCACUUCAUGGCUACCGACGUGAGUGCUACGGGGCGGUAGUCAUUUAGGCAGGUUACCUUCGCAUUCUUGGGCACAGGGACUAUGGUGGUCUGCUUGAAACGUGGGUAUUACAGACUCGGUCAGGGAGAGGUUGAAAAUGACAGUGAAGAUACUUGCCAGUUGGUCCGGGCAUGCUCUGAGUAGGUCCGCGCAUGCUCUGAGUACACGCCCUGGUAAUCCGCCUGGCCCUGCGCCCUUGUGAAUAUUGAUCUGUUUAAAGGUCUUGCUCACAUUGGCAACGGAGAGCGUGAUCACACAGUCGUCCGGAACAGCUGGUGCUCUGAUGCAUGCUUCAGUGUUGCUUGCCUCGAAGCGAGCAUAAAAGGCAUUUAGCUUGUCUGGUAGGCUCGCGUCACUGGGCAGCUCCCGGCUGGGUUUCCGUUUGUAGUCCGUAAUAGUUUGCAAGCCCUGCCACAUCCGCAGAGCGUCAGAGCCGGUGUAGUAGGAUUCAAUCUUAGUCCUGUAUUGACGCUUUGCUUGUUUGAUGGUUCGUCUGAGGGCAUAGCGGGAUUUCUUAAGCGUCCGGAUUAGUUUCCCGCUCCCUGAAAGCGGCAGCUCUUUAGCUCGGUGCUGAUGUUGCCUGUAAUCCAUGGCUUCUGGUUGGGAUAUGUACGUAUGGUCACUGUGGGGACUACGUCGUCAAUGCACUUAUUGAUGAAGCCCGUGACUGAGGUGGUAUACUCCUCAAUGCCAUUGGAUGAAUCACAGAAUCCCCGGCCACUAGGAGCGCCGCUUCUGGAUGAGUAUUUUCUUGUUUGCUUAUGGCCUUUUACAGCUCGUUAAGUACGGUCUUAGUGCCAACAUCGGUUUGUGGUGGUAAAUAGACGGCUACGAAUAAUAUAGAUGAGAACUCUUGGUAGAUGGUGUGGUUUACAGCUUAUGAGGUACUCUACCUCAGGCGAGCAAUACCUCAAGACUUCUUUAAUAUUAGACAUCGCGCAGCAGCAGUUAUUGACAAAUAGACACACACCACCGCCCCUCGUCUUACCAGACGUAGCUACUCUGUCCUGCAGAUGCAGAGAAAACCCAGCCAGCUCUAUAUUAUCCAUGUCGUCGUUCAGCCACGACUCAGUGAAAUAUAAGAUAUUACAGUUUUUAAUGUCCCGUUGGUAGGAUAGUCUCGAUCGUAGAUCAUCAAGUUUGUUUUCCAGUGAUUGCACAUUAGCCAAUAGGACCGAUGUUAAUGGCGAUUUACUCACUUGCCUUCGAACCCUAACAAGGCACCCCGACCUUCUCCCUCUGUAUCUUCGCCUUUUCUUCACGCGAAUGACGGGGAUUUUGGCCUGUUCUCCUGAAAGCAGUAUAUCCUUCGUCGGACUCAUUAAAUAAAAAAUCUUCGUCCAGUUCGAGAUGAGUAAUCGCUUUUCUGAUGUCCAGAAGCUCUUUUCGGUCAUAAGAGACGGUAGCAGCAACUUUAUGUACAAAAUAAGUGACCAACAAAAAACAAACAAAAUAGCACUGUUGGUUAGGAGCCCGUAAAACGGCAGCCAUUCCCUCCGGCGCCAUUAUUAACAAUCUAAGUGAAUAGCCUUGAUAAUGACGAUUUGUGGUUGCAGACUCAUAAAGCAUAUCUUAUGAGGCAUAAUGAAGCAUUGUAAUGCCUUCAGAUGCAUCACAUGUUGGGUCUAUAUCAAUCCAGUGACGAUAUACGUAGGCCCCUAACACACUGUCAUUCCAAUGACCGUAUUAUGUAAGCCUGUGAUGGCAAUCACUACAAAUAAAGUGUUAUUGAUCUUUCUCUCCCUCAUCACAGUAGAACAUACAUUAAGUGGCAGCCAGUGGGAGGCUACUAGCCGACAGAGCCAUGGAGAGUUCUGCCUACUUUAAUAACGGACGCCAUGUUUGCGCCUUUGAACAUUUAAAUGGAUCAAUUCAUGACAAGUAUUUCGGAUUCUAAUUCUCUAACUGUGUAAAUAUAUGGCUCUGCUAGCCGUUAUGGCGCUGGGAUCGCCCAGCUUGACAUCAUUAGAAACAUGAGCUAAGUCCCAAUUCUCUUUCUCACAUGGAUUUGACAACGGUGGAAACUCCCUCCAGCCAUUACUUACACCAAUUCCAUGCUUUUAAAUCAAUGACGGGGAGUGUGCAAGUGCACAUUUCUGGAAAAGAGUGGAGAAUCGGGACGUAGCCAUAGUGACACAGGAGCGUUAGGCCGCUAACAGCAUAGCAAUGCACUCAGUCAGGACCAUAUUUAGCAUUAGAGUACAUUAGCCCAUAGUCACAAUACACUCAAACAUUCUGGGUCCCGUCUUUCUAUGCUGCUGCUCAACCAAAUGAAACGCCUCUCCUCUCCUCGUCUCUGCUCUCCUCUCUGCAGCUUAUUCUGCAGUGUAAUGGCUGAGAGUGUUUUCUGUCUGAGGAGAGGGUGUCUGGCUAAUGAAGGGAGGGAUGGGUGAAUGGAUAGAUGGGUUAAUAGAUAGGUAGAAAUACUUGAUUCUAUUACUAGUAACACAUUUGGGAACAAAUGAUCUUUUAUAAAACUGGUUAGUUUAAGUUUAAGGCUGUUUCCCUUGCCUUCGGAAAGUAUUCAGACCCCUUGACUUUUUCCACAUUUUGUUACGUUACAGCUUUAUUCUAAAAUGUAUUACAUUGUUUUUUCCCCUCAUCAAUCUACACACAAUACCACAUAAUGUCAAAGCAAAAGACAGGUUUUUAGAAAUUCUUGCUAAUUUAUAAAAAAUAAACUGAUAUAUAACAUUUACAUAAAUAUUCAGACCCUUUACUCAGUACUUUGUUGAAGCGCCUUUGGCAGCGAUUACAGCAUCGAGUCUUCUUGGGUAUGACGCUACAAGCUUGGCACACCUGUAUUUGGGGAGUGUCUCCCAUUCUUCUCUGCAGAUCCUCUCAAGCUCUGUCAGGUUGGAUAGGGAGCGUCACUGCACAGCUAUUUUCAGCUCUCUCUAGAGAUGUUUGAUCCGGUUCAUGCCGGGCUCUGGCUGGGCCACUCGAGGACAUUCAGAGACUUGUCCCGAAGCCACUCCUGCGUUGUCUUGGCUGUGUGAUUAGGGUUGUUGUCCUGUUGGAAGGUGAACCUUUGCCCCAGUCUGAGGUCCUGAGUGCUCUGGAGCAGGUUUUCAUCUUUCCCUCGAUCCUGACUAGUCUCCCUGCAGCUGAAAAACAUCCCCACAGCAUGAUGCUGCCACCACCAUGCUUCACCUUAGGGAUGGUGCCAGGUUCCUCUCCCAUUCAGGCUAAAGAGUUCAAUCUGCCUUUUACUGAGUGGCUUCCGUCUGGCCACUCUACCAUAAAGGCCUGAUUGGUGGAGUGCUGCAGAGAUGGUUGUGCUUUUGGAAGGUUCUCCCAUCUCCACAGAGGAACUCUAGAGCUCUGUCAGAGUGACCAUCGGGUUCUUGGUCACCACCCUGACCAAGGCCCUUCUUCCCCGAUUGCUCAGCCAUUUCUAGGAAGAGUCUUGGUGGUUCAAAACUUCUUCCAUUUAAGAAUUAAUGGAGGCCACUGUGUUCUUGGGGACUUUCAAUGCUACAGACAGUUUGUGGUACCCUUACCCAGAUCUGUGCCUCGAAACAAUCCUGUCUCGGAGUUCUACGGACCAUUCCUUUGACCUCAUGGCUUGGGUUUUGCUCUGACAUGCACUGUCAACCUUAUAUAGACAGGUGUGUGCCUUUCCAAAUCAUGUCCAAUCAAUUGAAUUGAUCACAGGUGUACUCCAAUCAAGUUGUAGAAACAUCUCAAGGAUGAUCAAUGGAAACAGGAUGCACCUGAGCUCAAUUUCGAGUCUCAUAGCAAAGGGUCUGAAUACUUAUGCAAAUAUGGUAUUUCUGUUUUUCAUGUUUAAUACAUUUGCCAAAAUGUAUAAAAACUUGUUUUUGCUUUGUCAUUAUGGUGUAUUGUGUGUAGAUUGCUGGAAAAAAAAAGAGGCUGUAACGUAACAAAAUGUGGAAAAAGUCAAGGGAUCUGAAUACUUUCCAACGGCACUGUAUAAGGGAAUGUGUUAUGGAAGGAAUAUGAUGUGAGGGUUAGUGGAAGGCAGCCACGGUUCAGGCUCUGGAGGUGAUGAUGGCCCACUCUGUCUCUCUGAGUCUCAGCCACAUGAAAGUGUGUCUCAAAUGCGUCCCUAUAUAGUGUACUACUUUUGACCAGGGCCCAUAGGGUGCCAUUUGGGAAGCAGACGAGGAAGCAACAGCAGGGAGGGAUGAACCCUCCAUAAGGCGUCUUGCCAUCACUCCCUACAGCUCACUUUCUCUCUUCUUCUUUUUCUCCACCCUUCCCCUCCUUCCCUUCUUUCAGUCUCUGCUUCGCUCUUUCACUCCUCCGCCCGCCCCCCACUUUUCAUCAUAUUUACCUCUCUUCCGAUGACGCAACUCCCUCCUCUCCCCCCAUCCUGCAUCCUCUGUCCCCUACACUCCCUCCCUCCAAUGUAUCGCCUCACCCCCUCUCUCCCCCCUCCCUCCCCCCAUCUGAGGCUGGUUCCUCUCAAGGUUUCUUCCUUUUAGGAAUUAACAAAUGUUUCCUUGCCACUGUGCUGCUGCUUGUCGGGUUACUGUGAACCACUUUGUGUCAAAUGUUGUAAAAAGGGCUAUACAAAUAAAAAAUGAUUGACUGAUCUCUCCCUCCCUCUUCCCUCCCUCCCUCUCUCCCCUCCCAGGGCUACCUGUUCAUCUCGGUGCUGGUGAACAGCAACAGCGAGCUGAUCCGCCUCAUCAACAACGCCAUCAAGAACGACCUGUCUAGCCGCAACCCCACCUUCAUGUGCCUGUCUCUGCACUGCAUCGCCAACGUAGGCAGCCGCGAGAUGGCCGAGGCCUUCGCUGGAGAGAUCCCACGCAUUCUGGUGGCCGGGUAAGAAUGGAGGGGAUGGAGAGAGCAGGAGGAGAGGGAGGAGUAAUGAGGGAGAGUCGGGGUAGAGGGAGAGAGCAGUCAGUCAGUCAAAUUGUAUUCUUAAAUGCCUUUUUACAACAACAUUUGUCAGAGGGAGGGGUUGGGAAGAGAGGGAUGGAGGAAGGGAAGGGAGGGUGAGGAGACCGGAGAGGCAAAUGGAGGAAGGGGGAGGGGGACUGAGGACACGGAGAGGACUUGAUUUUCUUUGUAUUAAUAUGCUAUAACAGCAUGGUUAGACAAAAUCUCCGGUACAGCCAAUAUCUUUCCAGGACCAGAGUUGUUGGAGACUGGUAGUCCUUUAUAGCAUUGUAUUUGGGACAAAUCAUUCACUAAACCUUAACUAAAUCUUGUAAUAAAUAAUGUGGAAAUUGAGCAAGUUGAGGUGACUAAACUGCUUGGAGUAACCCUGGAUUGUAAACUGUCAUGGUCAAAACAUUGAUACAACAGUAGCUAAGACGGGGAGAAGUCUGUCCAUAAUAAAGCGCUGCUCUUGGCUCAGAACAGGGCAGUACGGCUGGCCGUUGGAUGUACACAGAGAGCAAACAUUAAUAAUAUGCAUGUCAAUCUCUCCUGGCUCAAAGUAGAGGAGAGAUUGACUUAAUCACCACUUUGUGAGAGGUAUUGACAUGUUGAAAGCACCGAGCUGUCUAUUUUUAAACUACUAGCACACAGCUCAGACACCCAUGCAUACCCCACAAGACAUGCAACCAGAGGUCUCUUCACAGUCCCCAAGUCCAGAACAGACUAUGGGAGGCGCACAGUACUACAUAGAGCCAUGACUACAUGGAACUCUAUUCCUCAUCAGGUAACCGAUGCAAGCAUUAGAAUCAGAUUUAAAAAACUGAUAAAAAUACUGUGAAGCAACACAACCAUAUGCACAGACACAUGCAUACACACACAUCAUAACAUACGCACUAUACACACACGUACACAUGGAUUUUGUGUUGUAGGUAUGUGGUAGUGGAGUAUGGGCCCGAGGGCACACACUUAGUGUGUUGUGAAUUCUGUAAGGAAUGUGUUGUAAUGUUUUUAAAAUGGUAUAACUGCCUUGGCAGCAGCUAAUGGGGAUCCAUAAUAAAUAUAAAUACAAAUAGUGAGCAUUGUGUUGUUUGUGAUGUGAUUGCCAGGGACACCAUGGACAGUGUGAAGCAGUCUGCUGCCCUGUGUCUUCUGCGUCUGUACAAGGCCUCCCCAGACCUGGUUCUGAUGGGGGAGUGGACCUCCCGGGUGGUGCACCUCCUCAACGACCAGCACAUGGUGAGAGACAGGCCAUACAUUUCUGCUCCAGCCCAACACUAGCACACCUGGGGUUUAUUCACUAGGAAUCAAACAGUAAAACCGGGGAGUGACUAAACUGAAUUUGUCUAAUUAAAAACAUUUGCUUUCGUUGCAAAACAUUUUCCAUUGCAAAGCGGUUUGCUGCACUAAGGAAUACGCCCCUGAUUUAACAGGUUGAAUCAGGUGUGCUAGUGCAUUUAUCUUCCAGGCCAAUAGGUGGCGCUAGCUGGCUCUGUUACAAUGUCUACACUAGUCUAGAAUGCUACUCUUAGGCUGUGUUUACACAGGCAGCCCAAUUCAGAUGUUUUCCCCCACUAAUUAGUAUUUUUACCAAUCACAUCAGAUCUUUUUCAGAGCUGAUCUGAUUGGUCAAAAGACCAAUUAGUGAAAAAAAGGACAGAAUUGAGCUGCCACUCUAAACGCAGCCAGAGUAACCUAACGUAGCAGACAUAAAAUAAAUGCCUUUAAAUAGAUGCCUCAGAUACUGGCAAAAAACUGUCAUGGGAGGUUAUCUUCUGCACUGUUCUAACAAUGCAGUAAAUGUGGAGGAGGAGUUAAGAUGGAGUGUCGCCUUGUUAAUGUCCAAAAGCGUAAGUCGCGUCACAGGCUCUCUCUUCCAUUUCCACUGAAAAUCGUAUGCAUCCGGUUGCUUACAACCCCGCCGAGGGUGGUAUCUUAGUAUGAAGCAAUGCAUUGGAUACAGUGGCUUGCGAAAGUAUUCACCCCCCUUGGCAUUUUUCCUAUUUUGUUGCCUUACAACCUGGAAUUAAAAUGGUUUGUAUCCUUUGAUUUACACAACAUGCCUACCACUUUGAAGAUGCAAAAUAUGUUUUAUUGUGAAAUAAAUAAGAAAUAAACUUGAGCGUGCAUAACUAUUUGCCCCCCCCAAAGUCAAUACUUUGUAGAGCCACCUUUUGCAGCAAUUACAACUGCAAGUCUCUUGGGGUAUGUCUCUAUAAGCUUGGCACAUCUAGCCACUGGGAUUGUUGCUCAUUCUUAAAGGCAAAACUGCUCCAGCUCCUUCAAGUUGGAUGGGUUCCGCCGGUGUACAGCAAUCUUUAAGUCAGACCACAGAUUCUCAAUUGAAUUGAGGUCUGGGCUUUGACUAGGCCAUUCCAAGACAUUUAAAUGUUUCCCUUUGAACAACUUGAGUGUUGCUUUAGCAGUAUGCUUAGGGUCAUUGUCCUGCUGGAAGGUGAACCUCCGUCCCUGUCUCAAAUCUCUGGAAGGCUGAAACAGGUUUCCGUCAAGAUAUUCCCUGUAUUUAGUGCCAUCCAUCAUUCCUUCAAUUCUGACCAGUUUCCCAGUCCCUGCCGAUGGAAAAACAUCCCCAAAGCAUGAUGCUGCCACCACCAUGCUUCACUGUGGGGAUGGUGUUCUCGGGGUGAUGAGAGGUGUUGGGUUUGCGCCAGACAUAGCGUUUUCCUUGAUGGCUAAAAAGCUCAAUUUCUGUCUCAUCUGACCAGAGUACCUUCUUCCAUAUGUUUGGGGAGUCUCCCACAUGCUUUUUGGCUUAUUUUUUUCUUUAAGCAAUGGCUUUUUUCUGGCCACUCUUCCAUAAAGCCCAGCUCUGUGGAUUGUACGGCUUAAAGUGGUCCUAUGGACAGAUACUCCAAUCUCCGCUGUGGAGCUAUGCAGCUCCUUCAGGGUUAUCUUUGGUCUCUUUGUUGCCUCUCUGAUUAAUGCCCUUGUUGCCUGGUCCGUGAGUUUUGGUGGGCGGCCCUCUCUUGGCAGGUUUGUUGUGGUGCCAUAUUCUUUCCAUUUUUUAAUAAUGGAUUUAAUGGUGCUCCGUGGGAUGUUCAAAGUUUCUGAUCUUUUUUUAUAACCCAACCCUGAUCUGUACUUCUCCACAACUUUGUCCCUGAACUGUUUGAAGAGCUCCUUGGUCUUCCUGGUGCUGCUUGCUUGGUGGUGCCCCUUGCUUAGUGGUGUUGCAGACUCUGGGGCUUUUCAGAACAGGUGUAUACAGUGGGGAAAAAGGAUUUAGUCAGCCACCAAUUGUGCAAGUUCUCCCACUUAAAAAGAUGAGAGAGGCCUGUAAUUUCCAUCAUAGGUACACGUCAACAAUGUCAGACAAAUUGAGGGGAAAAAAAUCAGAAAAUCACAUUGUAGGAUUUUUAAUGAAUUUAUUUGCAAAUUAUGGUGGAAAAUAAGUAUUUGGUCACCUACAAACAAGCAAGAUUUCUGGCUCUCACAGACCUGUAACUUCUUCUUUAAGAGGCUCCUCUGUCCUCCACUCGUUACCUGUAUUAAUGGCACCUGUUUGAACUUGUUAUCAGUAUAAAAGACACCUGUCCACAACCUGAAACAGUCACACUCCAAACUCCACUAUGGCCAAGACCAAAGAGCUUUCAAAGGACACCAGAAACAAAACUGUAGACCUGCACCAGGCUGGGAAGACUGAAUCUGCAAUAGGUAAGCAGCUUGGUUUGAAGAAAUCAACUGUGGGAGCAAUUAUUAGGAAAUGGAAGACAUACAAGACCACUGAUAAUCUCCCUCGAUCUGGGGCUCCACGCAAGAUCUCACCCCGUGGGGUCAAAAUGAUCACAAGAACGGUGAGCAAAAAUCCCAGAACCACACGGGGGGACCUAGUGAAUGAUCUGCAGAGAGCUGGGACCAAAGUAACAAAGCCUACCAUCAGUAACACACUACGCCGCCAGGGACUCAAAUCCUGCAGUGCAAGACGUGUCCCCCUGCUUAAGCCAGUACAUGUCCAGGCCCGUCUGAAGUUUGCUAGAGUGCAUUUGGAUGAUCCAGAAGAGGAUUGGGAGAAUGUCAUAUGGUCAGAUGAAACCAAAAUAGAACUUUUUGGUAAAAACUCAACUCGUCGUGUUUGGAGGAAAAAGAAUGCUGAGUUGCAUCCAAAGAACACCAUACCUACUGUGAAGCAUGGGGGUGGAAACAUCAUGCUUUGGGGCUGUUUUUCUGCAAAGGGACCAGGACGACUGAUCCAUGUAAAGGAAAGAAUGAAUGGGGCCAUGUAUCGUGAGAUUUUGAGUGAAAACCUCCUUCCAUCAGCAAGGGCAUUGAAGAUGAAACGUGGCUGGGUCUUUCAGCAUGACAAUGAUCCCAAACACACCGCCCGGGCAACGAAGGAGUGGCUUCGUAAGAAGCAUUUCAAGGUCCUGGAGUGGCCUAGCCAGUCUCCAGAUCUCAACCCCAUAGAAAAUCUUUGGAGGGAGUUGAAAGUCUGUGUUGCCCAGCGACAGCCCCAAAACAUCACUGCUCUAGAGGAGAUCUGCAUGGAGGAAUGGGCCAAAAUACCAGCAACAGUGUGUGAAAACCUUGUGAAGACUUACAGAAAACGUUUGACCUGUGUCAUUGCCAACAAAGGGUAUAUAACAAAGUAUUGAGAAACUUUUGUUAUUGACCAAAUACUUAUUUUCCACCAUCAUUUGCAAAUAAAUUCAUUAAAAAUCCUAUAAUGUGAUUUUCUGGAUUUUUUUUCUUCUCAUUUUGUCUGUCAUAGUUGACGUGUACCUAUGAAAAUUACAGUUCUCUCAUCUUUUUAAGUGGGAGAACUUGCACAAUUGGUGGCUGACUAAAUACUUUUUUCCCCCCCACUGUAUAUACUGAGAUCAUGUGACACUUAGAUUGCACACAGGUGGACUUUAUUUAACUAAUUAUGUGACUUCUGAAGGUAAUUGGUUACACCAGAUCUUAUUUAGUGGCUUCAUAGCAAAAAGGGUGAAUACAUAUGCAGGCACCACUUUUCCGUUAUUUACUUUUUCAUAGGUGAAUACAUAUGCAGGCACCACUUUUCCGUUAUUUACUUUUUCAUAAUUUUUUGAAACAAGUUAUUUUUUUCAUUUCACUUCACCAAUUUGGACUAUUUUGUGUAUGUCCAUUACAUGAAAUCCAAAUAAAAAUCAGGUUGUAAUGCAACAAAAUAGGAAAAACGCCAAGGGGGAUGAAUACUUUUGCAAGGCACUGUAUGUAUUAUAAGUGGUACGCUGGUUUGGAUGUUGCAACAUAACUACUGACUUCAUUGAGACUGUAAGGUUGAAGUUUAUGCCGUUUAGGUGUUACUGUUGUUUCUGAUGAUGAGCGUGUUUCUCUCUCUCGCAGGGUGUUGUCACGGCAGCCAUCUCCCUCAUCACCUGUCUCAGCUCGAAGAACCCAGAUGAGUUCAAAACCUGUGUGUCCCUGGCCGUGUCUCGUCUGAGCAGGGUGUGUGUGUGUGUGCAUGCAUGUGUGCAUGUAUACCUAUAAAAUCAUGUAUGUCAGUCCAGUGAUCCAUCCUCCCUUUGCCUCUGUCUCAAUCACCAAGAUUUCAACCAAUCUCGCUUUCUCCUCCUUCCUUUCUUCUUCUCCAGAUUGUGUCGUCAGCCUCCACUGACCUGCAGGACUACACCUACUACUUUGUCCCGGCCCCGUGGCUGUCCUGUAAACUGUUGCGCCUGCUGCAGUGCUACCCCCCGCCGGAGGAUGGUGCCGUGAAGGGCCGCCUGGUGGAGUGUCUGGAGACCAUCCUGAACAAGGCCCAGGAACCACCCAAGUCCAAAAAGGUGCAGCACUCCAACGCCAAGAAUGCCAUCUUGUUCGAGGCCAUCUCGCUCAUCAUCCACUACGACAGGUGAGGGGGCUGUCUAUUUCUUCUUCUUCUCGCUCUGUCUUUUUCUCUCCCUCUUUCAGUAUCUCUUUCUCUGUAUAUUUCUCUUUAUUUUUCUCUCUCUGUUUCUCUCUCUCUUUCUCACAUAUACACUGAACAAAAAUAUUAACGCAACGUGCAACAAUUUCAACGAUUUUACUGAGUUACAGUUCAUUAGGCCCUAAUCUAUGGAUUUCACAUGACUGGGAAUACAGAUAUGCAUCUGUUGAUCAUAGAUACCUUGAAAAAAAAGGUAAGGGCGUGGAUCAGAAAACCAGUCCAUAUCUGGUGUGACCACCAUUUGCCUCAUGCAGCGCAACACAUCUCCUUCGCAUAGAGUUGAUCAAGGCUGUUGAUUGUGGCCUGUGGAAUGUUGUCCCACUCCUCUUCAAUGACUGUGCAAAGUUGUUGGAAACUGGCGGGAACUGGAACACGCUGUCAUACAAGUCGGUGACAUGUCUGAGUAUGCAGGCCAUGGAAGAACUGGGACAUUUUCAGCUUCCAGGAAUUGUGUACAGAUCCUUGCGACAUGGGGCCGUGCAUUAUCAUGCUGAAACAUGAGGUGAUGGCAGUGGAUGAAUGGCACGACAAUGGGCCUCAGAUUCUUGUCAUGGUAUCUCUGUGUAUUCAAAUUGCCAUCGAUAAAAUGCAAUUGUGUUCAUUGUCCGUAGCUUAUGCCUGCCCAUACCACAACCCCACCGCCACCAUGGGGCACUCUGUUCACAAUGUUGACAUCAGCAAACCGCUCGCCCAUACGACGCCAUACACGCUGUCUGCCAUCUGCCCGGUACAGUUGAAACCGGGAUUCGCCUGCGUGCUAGUGGCCAUCAAAGGGGAGCAUUUGCCCACUGAUGUCGGUUACGACGCCAAACUGCAGUCAGGUCAAGACCCUGGUGAGGACGACGAGCGAUGGGAUACUGUUGAGCGUGAAAAACCCAGCAGCAUUGCAGUUCUUGACACAAACCGGUGCUCCUGGCACCUACUACCAUACCCAGUUCAAAGGCACUUAAAUAUUUUGUCUUGCCCGUUCACCCUCUGAAUGGCACACAUACACAAUCCAUGUCUCAAUUGUCUCAAGUCUUAACCUGUCUCCUCCCCUUCAUUUACACUGAUUUGAAGUGGAUUAAACAAGUGACAUCAAUAAGGGAUCAUUGCUUUCACCUGGAUUCACCUGAUCAGUCUAUGUCAUGGAAAGAGCAGGUGUUGCUAAUGUUUUGUGUACUCAGUGUACACCUUGUAGAAUCCAUGCCCCGACGAAUUGAGGCUGUUCUGAGGGCAAAGGGGGGUGCAACUCCAUAUUAGGAAGGUGUUCCUAAUGUUUGUACACUCAGUGUAUACACAGUUGAAGUCGGAAGUUUACAUACACCUUAGCCAAAUACAUUUAAACUCAGUUUUUCACAAUUCCUGACAUUUAAUCCUAGUAAACAUUCCCUGUCUUAGGUCAGUUAGGAUCACCACUUUAUUUUAAGAAUGUCAAAUGUCAGAAUAAUAGUAGAGAGAAUUAUUUAUUUCAGCUUUUAUUUCUUUCAUCACAUUCCCAGUGGGUCAGAAGUUUACAUACACUCAAUUAGUAUUUGGUAGCAUUGCCUAUAAAUUGUUUAACUUGGGUCAAACGUUUCGGGUAGCCUUCCACAAGCUUACCACAGUAAGUUGGGUGAAUUUUGGCUCAUUGCCCCUGACAGAGCUGGUGUAACUGAGUCAGGUUUGUAGGCCUCCUUGCUCGCACACGCCUUUUCAAUUCUGCCCACAAAUGUUCUGUAGGAUUGAGGUCAGGGCUUUGUGAUGGCAACACCAAUACCUUGACUUUGUUGUCCAUAAGCCAUUUUGCCACAACUUUGGAAGUUUGCUUGAGGUCAUUGUCCAUUUGGAAGACCCAUUUGCGACCAAGCUUUAACUUCCUGACUGAUGUCUUGAGAUGUUGCUUCAAUAUAUCCACAUAAUUUUCCUUCCUCAUGAUGCCAUCUAUUUUGUGAAGUGCACCAGUCCCUCCUGCAGCAAAGCACCCCCACAGCAUGAUGCUGCCAACCCUGUGCUUCACGGUUGGGAUGGUGUUCUUCGGCUUGCAAGCCGCCCCCUUUUUCCUCCAAAUAUAACGAUGGUCAUUAUGGCCAAACAGUUCUAUUUUUGUUUCAUCAGACCAGAGGCCAUUUCUCCAAAAAGUAUGAUGUUUGUCCCCAUGUGCAGUUGCAAACCGUAGUCUGUUUUUUUAUGGCUGUUUUGGAGCAGUGGCUUCUUCCUUGCUGAACCUUUCAGGUUAUGUCGGUAUAGGACUCGUUUUACUGUGGAUAUAGAUACUUUUGUACCUGUUUCCUCCAGCAUCUUCACAAGGUCCUUUGCUGCUCUUCUGGGAUUGAUUUGCACUUUUCGCACCAAAGUACGUUAAUCUCUAGGAGACAGAACGCGUCUCCUUCCUGAGCGGUAUGACAGCUGCGUGGUCCCAUGGUGUUUAUACUUGCGUACUAUUGUUUGUACAGAUGAACGUGGUACCUUCAGGUGUUUUGGAAAUUGCUCCCAAGGAUGAACCAGACUUGUGGAGGUCUACACAUUUUUUCUGAGGUCUUGGCUGAUUUCUUUAGAUUUUCCCAUGAUGUCAAGCAAAGAGACACUGAGAAAUAAAUCCACAGGUCCACCUCCAAUUGACUCAAAUGAUGUCAAUUAGCCUAUCAGUAGCUUCUAAAGUCAUGACAUAAUUUUCUGGAAUUUUCCAAGCUGUUUAAAGGCACAGUCAACUUAGUGUAUGUAAACUUCUGACCCACUGGAAUUGUGAUACAGUGAAUUAUAGUUACAUAAUCUGUCUGUAAACAAUUGUUGGAAAAAUUACUUGUCAUUCACAAAGUAGAUGUCCUAACAGACUUGCCAAAACUAUAGUUUGUUAACAAGAAAUUUGUGGAGUGGUUGAAAAACGAGUUUUAAUGACUCCAACCUAAGUGUAUGUAAACUUCCGACUUCAACUGUAUACAGUGCUUUCAGAAAGGAUUCGCACCCCUUGACUUUUUCCACAUUUUGUUGUUACAGCCUGAAUUUAAAAUGUAUUGAAUGUAGAUAUUGUAUCACUGGUCUACACACAAUACUCCAUAAUGUCAAAGUGGAAUUAUGUUUUUACACAUUUCUACAAAUUUAAUAAAAAAUGAAAAGCUGGAAUGUCUUGAGUCAAUAAGUAUUCAACCCCAAGCCUAAACAAGUUCAGGAGUAAACAUUUGCUUAACAAGUCACAUAAUAAGUUGCAUGGACUCACUCUGUAUGCAAUAAUAGUGUUUAACAUGAUAUAUAUUUUUUAACCCCUUUUUCUCCUCAAUUUCGUGAUAUCCAAUUGGUAGUUAUGGUCUUGUCCCAUCGCUGCAACUCCCGUACGGACUCGGGAGAGGCGAAGGUAGAGAGCCCUGCGUCCUCUGAAACACGACCCUGGAAUCGAACCUGGAUCUGUAGUGACGCCUCGAGCAAUGCAAUGCAGUGCCUUAGACCGCUGCGCCACUCGGGAGGCCCUUAACAUGAUUUUUUAAUGACUACCUUCUCUCUGUACCCCACACAUACAAUUAUCUGUAAGAUCCCUCAGUCGAGCUGUGAAUUUCAAACACAGAUUCAACCACAAAGACCAGGGAGGUUUUCCAAUGCCUCGCAAAAAAAGGGCACCUAUUGGUAGAUGGGUAAUCAUUUAAAAAAAGCAGACAUUGAAUAUCCUUUUGAGCAUGGUGAAGUUAUUGAUUACACUUUGGACUCACAGCUGCAAUCGAUGCCAAAGGUGAUUCUAACAUGUAUUGAAUACUUUAUUGAAUACUGUAUUUCAUUUCAAUAAAUUUGCUAACAUUUCUAAAAACAUGUUUUCACUUUGUCAUUAUGGGGUAUUGUGUGUAGAUGGGUGAGAGAAAAAUCUAUUUGAUCCAUUUUGAAUUCAGCCUGUAACAGAACAAAGUGGAAUAAGUCAAGGGGUAUGUAUUAAAUUUUUUACACACACACACACACACACACACAGUAUAUGCCCCUUUAUACACUCUCCCUCUCUCUGUGUAUCUCUCUCUCUGUCUCUCUUUGUCAUCCUAAACCUAAAGAAUGGCAAUGAUGGUGUGGUGGUGGCUCACUCUAUUAUUUUCCCCAUCUCCCUCCACCUACCUCCCCCUCUCCAGUGAGCCCAACCUGCUGGUGCGUGCCUGUAACCAGCUGGGUCAGUUCCUGCAGCACAGAGAGACCAACCUGCGCUACCUGGCUCUGGAGAGCAUGUGUACCCUGGCCAGCUCUGAGUUCUCCCAUGAGGCCGUCAAGACCCACAUCGAGACGGUCAUCAACGCACUCAAGGUCUGUCUCGGUCAAACGCACGCUACACACACACACACCCUGCUCAGACGAGACACUGCUUUUUUGAUGAACACUUUGUUUUAAGCACGUUGAUGGUUUUUGUAACAUUUUAUACCUUCUCUUUUUCUCUCCAGACUGAGAGGGAUGUGAGUGUUCGUCAGAGGGCUGCUGACCUGCUCUACGCCAUGUGUGACCGUAGCAACGCCAAGCAGAUCGUUGCCGAGAUGCUCAGCUACCUGGAGACAGCCGACUACUCAAUCAGAGAGGAGAUGGUACGCGUCUUCGUGUGUGUGUGUGUGUGUGUAUGUUGUAUGUUUUCCCCCUCUGAGUGCCUCUGGGUGUAUGCCUGCAUGUGUGUCUUUGUGUUUUUUUAUUUAUGUGUCUGUGUAACCCAGCGGUUCCCAAACUAGGGGUCGCCUGAUAUGAAAAUGGUGGUGUCGCGGGAGAGUUUCCAAAAUCCUGAAAGAAAAUCGAACCGAAUUACAUUUAAAAAACAUAUAUAUAUAUCGUAUCGUCUUUGUAUCUCCAAAUCAUUGUAAUGUGGUUAACCUUAAAAAUCCAAAUAAAAAUUAUUUGAAUCUAAAAGAUAAUCUCACACUUCCGACUUCUGUGCGUUCAAGAUAACUGGGAACUCUGAAAGAAAAUCAGCACCGACUAGGGAAAAAUAGUUUUGAAAGGUCAUCCAACUCGGAAUUCCAACUCGGGAAUUCGGGCCUCUAUCUAGAGCUCCGACUUUCUGACCUAAAGAUCACUGAUGUCAUAAUCCGAUUUCCCAGUUGUCUUGAAAGCACCAUAAAACUCAUGGUAGGCUACCCUUCGCCAGCUCAUAUCUGUGUGAAGCUGGAUUCCGUGCUCUCGUCUGCAUUAAAACCAAAUAUCGAUCCAGGUUGGAUGUGACAGCAAAGAUGAGAUGCGCACUGUCGACUUUGAAAAGCUCCGGCGUGACAUGCAACAAGCACAUCCAUCUCAUUAGUGGUGGUGAGAUAAGAUACAUUUUGUAAGACUAAUUUGCAAUUGACUGCUCCACAUUAAAAGUAUGUGAUGGUGAGUUGAGAAGACAAUCAGAAAUACUGUUAGAAUGUUUUUCAAUUGACUGCCAUAGCCCCAAAUAAAAAAGGAAACAUGGCUGUUAAUUAUUAUUUUUUAAUCACAUGGGUGGGGUCGCAAGAAUUUUCAGAUGUCAAAAUGGGGUUGUGGGCCAAACAAGUUUGGGAACCCCUGGUAUAACCUCUGCUACCUCUCUCCCAGGUGUUGAAGGUGGCCAUCCUGGCAGAGAAGUAUGCGGUGGACUACUCAUGGUAUGUGGACACCAUCCUUAACCUCAUCCGCAUUGCCGGGGACUACGUCAGCGAGGAGGUGUGGUACCGCGUCAUCCAGAUUGUCAUCAACCGCGACGACGUGCAGGGCUACGCCGCCAAGACCGUCUUUGAGGUAGGGGUUCCCCAAGCCGGAUACUUCUGGAUCCAACCUGCUCUUUUUGUCUCAGCUUGGAAAUUCCUCAAUCAUAUUCCCUGGUUGAGUACAUUAGGGUGAAAACGUUUUUAAAACUAUUGCAAGGGAAUCAAAAACCUGUGUGUUUUUUUUAUUAAGUCCUCCCUGUUUGAGUAAUUUGUUUCUGUUUGGUGCCUAAUGAACACUGCCCUGAAGACCCAUAGCAUUUGGCUAUCAUAAAAUCUGUUCAAAUUACUUACGUUUUUAACUGUCCCCCUCCGCCCCCUCUUCAGGCGCUACAGGCCCCAGCCUGUCAUGAGAACAUGGUGAAGGUGGGGGGGUACAUCCUGGGAGAGUUUGGAAACCUCAUCGCCGGGGAUCCCCGCUCCAGGUGAGUGGUGGCCUCUCCCACACCAGUGACAUCAUCAACCUGAGACGCACACAAAUAUGCGGCUCCUCUUGUUUUCUGAUGUAUUAAUCAGGUUUUUCUUCCCCCUCUUUCUCUCUUUUCUUUUUAUGGUUCUACCUUUUUGUCAUCCUCUCUCUCCAUCUUCUUCUCCAUUCACAUCCUCUCUUCUCUCUCUUCCUGCUAUAAUUUUAUCUCCGUACCGCUCCUCUUUCUCUCUCUCUCUCCUCUCUCACUCUCCUCUUUCUCAUCCCUGUCUCCAGCCCUCUGGUCCAGUUCAACCUGCUCCACUCUAAGUUCCACCUGUGUUCGGUGCCCACACGCGCCCUGCUGCUCUCCGCCUACAUCAAGUUCAUCAACCUGUUCCCAGAGACCAAGGCCACCAUCCAGGAGGUGCUUCGCUCCGACAGCCAGAUCAGGAACUCUGACGUGGAGCUGCAGCAGAGGGCCGUGGAGUACCUCAAGCUCUCCUCCAUCGCCAGCACCGAUGUCCUGGUGAGGAUUUUGAUCUGUAAAAAAAAGAUAUAUAUUUGUAGGUGUUCUGACACUUUGAGACUGGUUGGAAGGGUGGGCACAGGGAUCGAACCCUGGUCUCCAGUGGUGAGUGGUAUAUGUGACUGUGCCAGGGAGUGUUACCACUACACACGCAGCUUUUACCUGGCUACCCUUCCACAUCGCUCUGACCAACUGAUGUUUCUUUUCCGCCAUGAAUCUGGAUUUGCCCCUCUCCCCGACGAUUUCACGAAUGUGAACACAUUUUUACAGUUCUGAUUGGUCCCAGAAACGGAUGGGUUGGGCCAGAGCCGGUCUACAAGAUGACGUUAUCAACUUUGAUAAUCUGAUUGGUUAGAUUUCUUAGAAUAUCCAAUCGCUGAUUAAUUUGUUUUGUACAACACCCCUCAUUUUAAAGUCGUACAAACGACUUCUACGGUAGCCGUUUCAGACUCUCUGUGGCGAACAACAGAGCAGAGGAAGAAUGUAGUGUGAGGCGUCAGGCUACCACAGCUCUGCUGUCUGUUAUUUUACUGAUCUUUCAUUGCCUCUUGUUUUUUUUUUUUUCUUGUUUUUUUUUACUGCAAAGUAUGUUGCCAUUUUAAAUGCACUUACAGUGCCUUCGGGAAGUAUUAAUACCUCUUCACUUAUUCCACAUUUUUGUUGUUACAGCCUGAAUUAAAAAUGGAUUAAAAAAUUAUAGUGAUCUCACCCAUUUACACAAAAUAAAGUAAAAACAUGUUUUUAGAAAUCUUUGCAAAUGUAUUGAAAAUGAAAUACAGAAAUAUCUAAUUUACGUAAGUAUUCACACCCCUGAGUCAAUACAUGUUAGAAUCACCUUUGGCAGUGAUUACAGCUAUGAGCCUUUCUGGGUAUGUCUCUAAGAUAUUUGCACUCCUGGAAUGUACAAUAUUUGCCCAUUAUUCUAUUCAAAAUUCUUCAAGCUCUGUCAAAUUUGUUGUUGAUCAUUGCUAGACAGCCAUUUUAAAGUAUUGGCAUAGAUAUUCAAGCAGAGUUAUGUCAAAACUGUAACUCAGCCACUCAGGAAACAUUCACUGUCUUCUUGGUAAGCAACUCUAGAGUAGAUUUGGCCUCGUUUUAGGUUAUUGUCCUGCUGAAAGGUGAAUUCAUCUCCCAGUGUCUGGUGGAAAGCAGACUGAAACAAGUUUCCUCUUUGAUUUUGCCUGUGCUUAGCUCCAUUCCGUUUCUUUUUAUCCUGAAAAACUCUACAGUCCUUAACGAUUACAAGCAUACCCAUAACAUGAUGCAGCCACCACUAUCCUUGAAAAUAUGGAGAGUGGUACUAAGUAAUGUGUUGUAUUGGAUUUGCACCAAACAUAACACUUUGUAUUCAGUAUAAAAAGUAAAUAGUUUGACACAUUUUUUGCAGUAUUAUUUUAGUGCCUUGUUGCAAACAGAAUGCAUGUAUUUAAUAUCAGCUUCUUUCUUUUUUACCCAUCUACCAAUAGCUGCCCUUCUUUGCGAGGCAAUGGAAAACCUCCCUGGUCUUUGUGGUUGAAUUUGUGUUUGAAAUUCACUGCUUGACUGAGGGACCUUACAGAUAAUUGCAUGUGUGGGGUACAGAGAUGAGGUAGUUAUUCAAAAUCAUGUUAAACACAAUUAUUGUCCAUGUAACUUAUUAUGUGACUUGUUAAGCACAAUUUUACGCCUGAACUUAUUUAGGCUUGCCAUAACAAAGGGUAUGAAUACUUAUUGACUCAAGAUAUUUCAGCAAUUCACUUUUAAUACAUUUUGUAAAAAUGUUGCUGUAACACAACAACAUUUGGAAAAAGUCAAGGGUUAUGAAUACUUUUCUGAAGGUACUGUAGAAUACAUUUUGAUUUGACUGCAGGCCACAGAGCAGCAACAACAACCUUGCAGAGUUCAGCUGCGGUUCAGUGUUUCAAAUGUGAACCUAAACAACGGUCAUGGACGUUGCAAUACGGUCACAGGCCUGACAGGAUUUGUAAAUGGUCAUAACUGUAACCCCAGUGACUGGUUUAGUCACAUUGCCAUAACAGUAACCACAUAACAACAGCUACCAUGAGCCUUGUUUAUUGACUUGCCUGGUCAAAGAAUGGUGUCUCUCUGUCUCUCCUUCCCCCUCUCUCUCCCUUUCUCUCCUUUCCUCUCCCUCCCUUUCUCUCCUUUCCUCUCCCUCUCCCUCCUUCCGCCUCUUCAGGCCACUGUGCUGGAGGAGAUGCCUCCCUUCCCAGAGAGGGAGUCGUCCAUCUUGGCCAAGCUGAAGAAGAAGAAGGGUCCGGGUGCUGUGUCGGUAGAGCUGGAGGACGGCAAGGAGAGAGGAGAGCUCAAUGGUGGAGGGGACAGGGGGGGCGACGCUGCCAUCGCAGCCUCUAACGCUGUGAGCAUCCAAUUCAAUGUACUGUAUCUGCAUCCCAAAUGGCACCUAUUACCAACAAAAUAAGUGCAUUAACCCCCCAAGAGUCGAUAAACAAAUGUUUUUGCAUGGGCUGUGUCUCAAUCCACUGUAUCCGUCAAUGGCGGCCUUCUGCAGUGGAAGGUGGCCAAACUACAGCAGUGUUUGUCAGACCAUGAGACAUCCAGAAAAUCGGUCUUCUCACGAAAACGUCAGUAGCGUCCGAACCACUCUAUGGAAAGAUGAGAAUCAAGAACAGGAUGGUGUUCUCCGUUUUGCUUUAAAGUCUGUUUUGCCGAUCUGCAACAUCUGUCUGUAGUGCCCGAACAGUUUGGGACUACACACUAAUAUGAGACUCUCAUGAACACGUACAUGUUGGUUGUUUUGCUCUAGGAUGCCCACAAGCCUCACAAGACUCGGCUGAAGGUAGCCCGUUAACAGUUUAAAAAAUGAAUGGAAGUAAAUAUGGAAGUAGUUUAGUGCCAAAAGAAAUUGGUUAAAUAAUUUCCUGAUCUUUCAUAUACACUAUAUAUACAAAAGUAUGUUAUUCUGAAGUCUAGGCGCAACAAUGGCUCAGCCGCGAAGUGGUAGGCCACACAAGCUCACAGAACGGGACCGCUGAGUGCUGAAGCGCGUAACGCGUAAAAAUCAUCUGUCCUCGGUUGCAACACUCACUACCAAGUUCCAAACUGCCUCUGGAAGCAAGGUCAGCACAAGAACUGUUAGUCGGGAGCUUCAUGAAAUGGGUUUCCAUGGCCGAGCAGCCGCACACAAACCUAAGAUCACCAUGCGCAAUGCCAAGCGUUGGCUGGAGUGGUGUAAAUAUCGGCUCCAUUGGGCUCUGGAGCAGUGGAAACUGUAAAGUGCCAACUUUAAAGUUUGGUGGAGGAGGAAUUAUGGUCUGGGGCUGUUUUGCAUGGUUCGGGCUAGGCCCCUUAGUUCCAGUGAAGAUAAUUCUUAACGCUACAGCAUACAAUGACAUUCUAGACGAUUCUGUGCUUGAACUUGACUAGCCUGCACAGAGCCCUGACCUCAACCCCAUCGAACACGAUUAGCCAGGCCUAAUCGCCCCAACAUCAGUGCCUGACCUCACUAAGUCCUCGCAGCAAUGCUCCAACAUCUAGUGGAAAGCCUUCCCAGAAGAGUGGAGGCUGUUUAUAGCAGCAAAGGGGGGACCAACUCCAUAUUAAUGCCCAUGAUUUUGGAAUGAGAUAUUCGACAAGCUGGUGUCCACAUACUUUUGGCCAUGUAGUGUAUCUCUCAGAUAUAGGACAGACACUUUAAAACAAACUUCCUUUUGAUUAAUUUUUUUCAAUGUAUGAAUCUGUUAUUCAAUGUGUUUCUAGGUUCUAAUAGCAGUAAGGCCAAAUUUUUAUUUUUAUUUUUUAUGUAUACCUAAAGGGGUCCUAAAAUUAAAAAUCAAAUAGCUAAAUGGUCCUUAGUAUGACCAUAUUAAUAGAUAGCUUAGUAGACCCUCCCGCCCUUGUCAUCUUUGUUGUUCUACGAAGGGGAAAUUCGUUUGUAGCAAUUACAAGACACAGCACAAUGACAUAAAUCACUUGUAUUCGAAAACUGGCAGCAGUUGAAAGAGAUGGUGAACGCUUUGGAAAAAACCACAAUCACUGUCUGUGUAAUGGAUUUAGUUUAAUAUUGAGCAAUAUAUUCUCAAAGCACUGCUAUUAUUAUACAAUUGUUGUCUCUCUCUCUCCCUCUGUUCUCUCUCUCUCUGUUCUCUAUCUCUCUCUAUCUCUCUCCCUUCCUCUCUCUCCCUUCCUCUGUUCUCUGUCCAUCUUUUUCUGUCUUCCAGUCCACCCCCUCCCCUUCAGCGGAUCUGCUUGGCCUUCGUUCGUCCGCUCCCGUUAGUGGGGCCGCUCCCAGUGCAGGCAGCCUAUUGGUUGAUGUGUUUUCAGAGGCGGGGCCUGCUGCCUCCUCUGCCGGCGUGAACGACGACGGCUUCCUGAGGUGAAUGUUCACCCUGUGACUAGAAGACUCCCAUAGACACAGAUCUGGGAUAACCUAAAUUACCCCCCGCUCUCCAAGCUAACCCUUAGGGGGAGAAAUUCAAAACCGACCUAAGAUCAGUGUCUAGUAGCAACUUGAUGUUGUUUGUGGUGUGCUUGUUAUGUGUCUUAGUUGUCCAGAUGCACUGUGGUAGAAUAUGAAGCUAGCUCUUGAAAAUGAGCGUUGUUGUUUUAUUCUUAUUACGCUUGCUGUCUGUGAUAUGUGCUAGUCCUCUGUCUUUCUAUCAGUCAGUCUUCUUGUUUCCUCUGCGUCUUCUAUGUGUAAUCUUAUCUGUUCUCUUUUUAUCUUGCUGUGUAUGUGACUGUCUUUCUCUUUUCUUACCUUCUCUCCUUCCCCUUCUCUAUUUCCCUUUCUCUGUGUUUUUGCGUGCUUGUGUGUCUCUUGUCCUCGAUUGUGAUUGGACAUUGGCAGCGCUCUUCACGCUCCCGAGGCCUCUGACUCCCCAUUGGUGGAGGGUCCUGGUGACUCGGAGUAAGGGGCCAGUAAUAAGAUGGCUGACUGUCAUGUUGCACCCAAACACACAUGAACACUGUUGUUCUUAUCUAAACUAAAGCCAUUUAGGAAGGCUGCAUGGACAUCUCAACCUUAGACUAGUCACAUGGACACACGCACCCUCUAUUGCAUGUGGGUUGUUGGAUUAUGGAAUUGUAGCCUACCUAUGCUGUAUAUUUCUUCAUAUAUACAUGUACCACUCUUUUUCUUAACCAGCAAAAUACUUCUCAUUAUUUUUGUUAAUGCUGUCAGUUUUGGUGAAUUGUAUCUUAAGUGCUCAUACUAACCCACCUCUGCUUUUUCUCUUGUUCUCCUUCCUCCAUUUUAUUUGUCAUGCCUCACUGCUUUGGGUCUCCCUCAAUACACUCAUCCUCUCUCUCUCCCUCCCCCUCUCUCUCUCCCUUUUUCUAUCUGUAAUUCAUUUGGUCCCCUUCAAACACAUUUUACAUUCUCUCACACCCCCCCGCCUUUUCUGUUGGUGCUGUCAUCCACCUCUCCUUAUCCAUCCUUGCUUCAUCCCUCCUUCCUUCUCUCAGCUCUGCUCCCCCUUCUGCGGCCUCUGAGGAUCCUGCCCCUCCUCUGCCCGAGUCAGACGAGCUUCUCAACAAGUAAGAGCUUUCUCUCGCUCCUCCUCCCCUCUCCCUAUCCAUUUCUCUCUCUCCCAAUCUCUCUCUUUCCGGCGGGGCUAGCUUGUUUUUGGUGCUAUCACGAGCAAAGGUAUCAAACAACCUACUGGAUUGACACAAAACAUAAACUGUGUUUAUGUCAAUGACAUCUGUUAUGUUAGGUCAUUCACGUGUGGUAAGAUACAUCUACAGUGGGGAGAACAAGUAUUUGAUACACUGCCGAUUUUGCAGGUUUUCCUACUUACAAAGCAUGUAGAGGUCUGUAAUUUUUUAUCAUAGGUACACUUCAACUGUGAGAGACGGAAUCUAAAACAAAAAUCCAGAAAAUCACAUUGUAUGAUUUUUAAGUAAUUAAUUUGCAUUUUAUUGCAUGACAUAAGUAUUUGAUCACCUACCAACCAGUAAGAAUUCCGGCUCUCACAGACCUGUUAGUUUUUCUUUAAGAAGCCCUCCUGUUCUCCACUCAUUACCUGUAUUAACUGCACCUGUUUGAACUCGUUACCUGUAUAAAAGACACCUGUCCACACACUCAAUCAAACAGACUCCAACCUCUCCACAAUGGCCAAGACCAGAGAGCUGUGUAAGGACAUCAGGGAUAAAAUUGUAGACCUGCACAAGGCUGGGAUGGGCUUCAGGACAAUAGGCAAGCAGCUUGGUGAGAAGGCAACAACUGUUGGCGCAAUUAUUAGAAAAUUGAAGAAGUUCAAGAUGACGGUCAAUCACCCUCGGUCUGGGGCUCCAUGCAAGAUCUCACCUCAUGGGGCAUCAAUGAUCAUGAGGAAGGUGAGGGAACAGCCCAGAACUACACAGCAGGACCUGGUCAAUGACCUGAAGAGAGCUGGGACCACAGUCUCAAAGAAAACCAUUAGUAACACACUACGCCGUCAUGGAUUAAAAUCCUGCAGCACACGCAAGGUCCCCCUGCUCAAGCCAGCGCAUGUCCAGGCUCGUCUGAAGUUUGCCAAUGACCAUCUGGAUGAUCCAGAGGAGGAAUGGGAGAAGGUCAUGUGGUCUGAUGAGACAAAAAUAGAGAUUUUUGGUCUAAACUCCACUCGCCUUGUUUGGAGGAAGAAGAAGGAUGAGUACAACCCCAAGAACACCAUUCCAACCGUGAAGCAUGGAGGUGGAAACAUCAUUCUUUGGGGAUGCUUUUCUGCAAAGGGGACAGGACGACUGCACCGUAUUGAGGGGAGGAUGGAUGGGGCCAUGUAUCGUGAGAUCUUGGCCAACAACCUCCAUCCCUCAGUAAGAGCAUUGAAGAUGGGUCGUGGCUGGGUCUUCCAGCAUGACAACGACCCGAAAUACACAGCCAGGGCAACUAAGGAGUGGCUCCGUAAGAAGCAUCUCAAGGUCCUGGAGUGGCCUAGCCAGUCUACAGACCUGAACCCAUUAGAAAAUCUUUGGAGGGAGCUGAAAGUCCGUAUUGCCCAGCGACAGCCCCGAAACCUGAAGGAUCUGGAGAAGGUCUGUAUGGAGGAGUGGGCCAAAAUCCCUGCUGCAUUGUGUGCAAACCUGGUCAAGACCUACAGGAAACGUAUGAUCUCUGUAAUUGCAAACAAAGGUUUCUGUACCAAAUAUUAAGUUCUGCUUUUCUGAUGUAUCAAAUACUUAUGUCAUGCAAUAAAAUGCAAAUUAAUUACUUAAAAAUCAUACAAUGUGAUUUUCUGGAUUUUUGUUUUAGAUUCCGUCUCUCACAGUUGAAGUGUACCUAUGAUAAAAAUUACAGACCUCUACAUGCUUUGUAAGUAGGAAAACCUGCAAAAUCGUCAGUGUAUCAAAUACUUGUUCUCCCCACUGUAUAUGGUUGCUUGCAGAGUGAAUUGAUAUUGGGAUAGGAUGGGAUGACUGAAGAGUUACAGUAACUUAUAGGUCAUGUAUGUACCACCGCAUGAUUGACAUGUUAUAAACAGUUAAUGAUAAAUGAUGAUAAAUCCUAACACUUUAAUUCUCCCUCCCGCACUCCCUUUCUCCCUCUCUCUCUCCUGUCAGAUUUGUGUGUAAGAACAACGGUGUGUUGUUUGAGAACCAGCUGCUUCAGAUCGGCAUCAAGUCUGAGUACCGCCAGAACCUGGGUGAGUUUGGGCUACUAGACAAUGCUUGAAUCCUAAGUCACAUUUGUCACAUUGAUGUGAGUUCUGGGAGAUUGCAUUAUGUGUGGGUCUCAAGUUAGGGUUCUUCCCUUGAAGUAUUAACCCUUUUCAUGCAGGUAAGUCCCAUGUGAAAUACAUUAGCCUAUAUGCUGUAACCUUAUUGAACUGAUGUCUGUACUGUUCUAUAGCUUUGGUAAGUACGUCUGAGCGUGCACAGAAUGUAAUAGAUGGCGUCAUUUUGUAUUUGUGUUCACAUCCUAGCUUUGUCAUGUCCAUUUUAGUAUACAGAAUGUUUUAUUCAGUGGUUAGGUACGCUUCAGUUUCUAUAAUGCAUUAGAUGUUAUGUGAGUGAGCAUGAUGCAUAACUAUAUAUAUAUAUACACACACAGCUGUGGAAAAAAUUAAGAGACCACCGCAAAUCUUUCUUAAAUCAGCAUCUCUACAUGUAUGACAGCCAUUCCAUUCCAGUGUCUGUUGAAUUCCAACACAGGCACACCUCAUUCUACUGAAUUAGGUACUGAUUAGGUGAUCACCUGACCCAAAUCUUAUUUAACGAGGAAAAGUAUCCUCUUGCAAUAGGACCAGCUGGAUGGCAAAAACAGUGCUAAUAGUACCUCAAAAGUAAUAUUAAUCAAAAAAUAACUAUUGACCAUGCCAGAAGAGUUGAAAAGGAAAGUUUUGACUGAGGAAAAGAAGGGUUCAAUUCUGGCUUUACUGGCAGAGGGAUACAGUGAGCGUCAGGUUGCUUCCAUCCUUAAAAUUUCAAAGACGGCGGUUCAUAAGAACAAGGUCAAGCAGCAGACAUUGGGGAUAACAAAGCUACUGACCGGGAUGACCGACCAACUCAUUCGAAUGUCACUCAACAACCGUAGGAUGACAUCAAGUGACCUACAAAAAUAAUGGCAAACGGCAGCUGGGGUGAAGUGCACAGCGAGGACGGUUCGAAACAGGCUCCUAGGGGCAGGGCUGAAGUUGAGCAAAGCUAGAAAAAAGCCCUUCAUCAUUGAGAAGCAAAGAAGAGCCAGGCUGAGGUUUGCAAAAGACCAUAAGGAUUGGACCGUAGAGGACUGGAGUAAGGUCAUCUUCUCUGAUGAGUCCAAUUUUCAGCUUUGCCCAACACCUGGUUGUCUAAUGGUUAGACGGAGACCUGGAGAGGCCUACAAGCCACAGUGUCUCACACCCACUGUGAAAUUUGGUGGAGGAUCGGUGAUGAUCUGGGGGUGCUUCAGCAAGGCUGGAAUCGGGCAGAUUUGUCUUUGUGAAGGACGCAUGAAUCAAGCCACGUACAAGGUUGUCCUGGAAGAAAACUUGCUUCCUUUUGCUCUGACAUUGUUCCCAACGAUUGGUUUUUCCAGCAGGACAAUGCGCCAUGCCACACAGCCAGGUCAAUCAAGGUGUGGAUGGAGGACCACCAGAUCAAGACCCUGUCGUGGCCAGCCCAAUCUCCAGACCUGAACCCCACUGAAAACUUCUGAAAUGUGAUCAAGUGGAAAAUGGAUGGUCACAAGCCAUCAAACAAAGCCGAGCUGCUUGAAUUUUUGCGCCAGGAGUGGCAUAAAGUCACCCAACAUCAAUGUGAAAGACUGGUGGAGAGCAUGUCAAGACGCAUGAAAGCUGUGAUUGAAAAUCAGGGUUAUUCCACCAAAUAUUGAUUUCGGAACUCUUCCUAAGUUAAAACAUUAGUAUUGUGUUGUUUAAACCGACCUACAUCCAUCCUGCCCUGCCUUUCGAAAGUAUUUGAAAGCCUAGUUAACAGAUCACCGACCAUUUCGAAUCCCACCGUACCUUCUCCGUUAUGCAAUCUGGUUUCCGAGCUGGUCAUGGGUGCACCUCAGCCACGCUCAAGGUCCUAAACAAUAUAAUAACCGCGAUCGAUAAAAGACAGUACUGUGCAGCCGUCUUCAUCGACCUGGCCAAGGCUUUUGACUGUCAAUCACCGCAUUCUUAUUGGCAGACUAAAUAGCCUUGGUUUCUCAAAUGACUGCCUCGCCUGGUUCACAAACUACUUCUCAGAUAGAGUUCAAUGUGUCAAAUCGGAGGGCCUGUUGUCUGGACCUCUGGCAGUCUCUAUGGGGGUGCCACAGGGUUCAAUUCUCGGGCCGACUCCAUUCUCUGUGUGUGUGUGUGUGUGUGUGUGUGUGUGUAUAUAUAUAUAUAUAUAUAUUACUGCUCAAAAAAAUAAAGGGAACACUUAAACAACACAAUGUAACUCCAAGUCAAUCAAACUGUCCACUUAGGAAGCAACACUGAUUGACAAUACACUUCACAUGCUGUUGUGCAAAUGGAAUAGACAACAGGUGAAAAUUAUAGGCAAUUAGCAAGACACCCCCAAUAAAGAAGUGGUUCUGCAGGUGGUGACCACAGACCACUUCUCAGUUCCUAUGCUUCCUGGCUGAUGUUUUGGUCACUUUUGAAUGCUGGCGGUGCUUUCACUCUAGUGGUAGCAUGAGACGGAGUCUACAACCCACACAAGUGGCUCAGGUAGUACAGCUCAUCCAGGAUGGCACAUCAAUGCGAGCUGUGGCAAGAAGGUUUGCUGUGUCUGUCAGCGUAGUGUCCAGAGCAUGGAGGCGCUACCAGGAGACAGGUCAGUACAUCAGGAGACGUGGAGGAGGCCGUAGGAGGGCAACAACCCAGCAGCAGGACCGCUACCUCCGCCUUUGUGCAAGGAGGAGCAGGAGGAGCACUGCCAGAGCCCUGCAAAAUGACCUCCAGCAGGCCACAAAUGUGCAUGUGUCUGCUCAAACGGUAAGAAACAGACUCCAUGAUGGUGGUAUGAGGGCCCGACGUCCACAGGUGGGGGUUGUGCUUACAGCCCAACACCGUGCAGGACGUUUGGCAUUCGCCAGAGAACACCAAGAUUGGCAAAUUCGCCACUGGCGCCCUGUGCUCUUCACAGAUGAAAGCAGGUUCACACUGAGCACGUGACAGACGUGACAGAGUCUGGAGACGCCGUGGAGAACGUUCUGCUGCCUGCAACAUCCUCCAGCAUGACCGAUUUGGCGGUGGGUCAGUCAUGGUGUGGGGUGGCAUUUCUUUGGGGGGCCGCACAGCCCUCCAUGUGCUCGCCAGAGGUAGCCUGACUGCCAUUAGGUACAGAGAUGAAAUCCUCAGACCCCUUGUGAGACCAUAUGCUGGUGCGGUUGGCCCUGGGUUCCUCCUAAUGCAAGACAAUGCUAGACCUCAUGUGGCUGGAGUGUGUCAGCAGUUCCUAAAAGAGGAAGGCAUUGAUGCUAUGGACUGGCCCGCCCGUUCCCCAGACCUGAAUCCAAUUGAGCACAUCUGAGACAUCAUGUCUUGCUCCAUCCACCAACGCCACGUUGCACCACAGACUGUCCAGGAGUUGGCGGAUGCUUUAGUCCAGGCCUGGGAGGAGAUCCCUCAGGAGACCAUCCGCUACCUCAUCAGGAGCAUGCCCAGGCGUUGUAGGGAGGUCAUACAGGCACGUGGAGGCCACACACACUACUGAGCCUCAUUUUGACUCGUUUUAAGGACAUUACAUCAAAGUUGGAUCAGCCUGUAGUGUGGUUUUCCACUUUAAUUUUGAGGGUGACUCCAAAUCCAGACCUCCAUGGGUUGAAAAAAUUUGAUUUCCAUUGAUAAUUUGUGUGUGAUUUUGUUGUCAGCACAUUCAACUAUGUAAAGAAAAAAGUAUUUAAUAAGAUAAUUUCAUUCAUUCAGAUCUAGGAUGUGUUGUUUAAGUGUUCCCUUUAUUUUUUUGAGCAGUGUAUAUAUAAAAAAUAAAAAUAAAUUGUCAUUUAGCAGACGCUCUUAUCCAGAGCAACUUACAGGAGCAAUUAGAGUUAAGUGCCUUGCUCAAGGACACAUCGACAUAUUUUUCACCUAGUCGGCUCAGGGAUUAGAACCAGCGACCUUUAGAUUACUGGCACAACGCUCUUAACCACUAAGCUACCUGCCGCCCUAUUUAUAUAUCAAUGAUGUCGCUCUUGCUGCUGGUGACUCUCAGAUCCACCUCUAUGCAGACGACACCAUUUUGUAUACAUCUGGCCCUUCAUUGGACACUGUGUUAACAAACCUCCAAACGAGCUUCCAUGCCAUACAACACUCCUUCCGUAGCCUUCAACUGCUCUUAAACACAAGUAAAACUAAAUGCAUGCUCUUCAAUCGAACGCUGCUGGCACCCGCCCACCCAACUAGAAUCACUACUCUCGACGGGUCUGACCUAGAGUAUGUGGACAACUACAAAUACCUAGGUGUCUGGUUAGACUGUAAACUCUCCUUCCAGACUCACAUUAAGCAUCUCCAAUCCAAAGUUACAUCUAGAAUCGGCUUCCUAUUUCGCAACAAAGCCUCCUUCACUCAUGCUGCUAAACAUGCCCUCGUAAAACUGACUAUCCUACCGAUCCUUGACUUCGGCGAUGUCAUUUACAAAAUAGCUUCCAACACUCUACUCAGCAAAUUGGAUGUAGUCUAUCACAGUGCCAUAACAGUACAUAAUGCAUUAUAACAUGUAUGUGUUCUUUUGGAAAUGUCACCUAAAUGUGUCCACUUGACAUAAUAUCUUCUAACGUGUGUGUGUGUUUUUGUUUGUUUUUCUAGGGAGGAUGUAUCUGUUCUAUGGCAAUAAGACAUCGGUGCAGUUUGUCAGCUUUAGCACCACAGUCAGCUGCCCAGGGGAGCUGCAGUCUCAUAUCCUUCAAUGCAUUCACUUACUGUUCACGCACGCACGCCCACACACAUACAGGCACACACACACACCCCUAUCUUGCACACUAUGUGUUAGUGUUUUCACGAUAGCAGAAUUUUGACUUCGAUACUUAUACCAGGUUUAGUAUCACAAUACGCGAUACCAUCACGAUACUCGAUAUCAAAACGAUGCCAAAAUGAUACCACAGCAAAAAAAGAAGGCAUAUUAGCCAAAGUCACAAAAUGGCAGUUGAUCCAGACAGAUAAACUCUGCUACUGCUCUGUUCAGUCUUUGGGCAUCUUUUAAGGUCAAUAUUAAUUUUUUUAUGUCCAUUUUUCUGAGAAUGGAAACAAUAGGCUUUAGAACACCAGCUAACUGUAACUGUAAAUCACCAUAUUGGCAUUUUGUUGCAUCACUGGCAGGAAUUCCUGAAUUUACUGAGACUAUGACCUCUGCGUGCAUUAAUAAGCAUAAUUUGCUGGUGUCAAACCAUAUAUGAAAACUUGAUACACAUUUUUUAAGCUGAGAAACAGCCCUUUCAAAUGUUAUGACAUACAAUAGCACCACAUUAAUCAAAUGGUAAGUCAAGGAAAAACACUGACGAAAAUCAGUUUUUUCUCCAAACAACUGCCAUAUACACAACUUCCUCAUGAAGAUGGAGAAAAACGUAUCUAAGUCUUCCUUAUUUUGUAAGCUUUGAAAAUCAGAAUAGUAAUUCAUACCAUUUACUAUGAAUGAGUUAUAGCUGUUUUAGUGAACAGUGAUAUUUUUCUAGAAUUCUAUGGAUGUUCUUAUCUUAUUUUUCCUAUGUUGUUGCAUUACAACCUGUAAUUUAAAUUGAUUUUUAUUUGGAUUUCAUGUAAUGGACAUACACAAAAUAGUCUUGUUUCAAGAAAUUAUUAUAAAAAAUAAAUAACGGAAAAGUGGAGCGUGCAUAUGUAUUCACCCCCUUUGCUAUGAAGCCCCUAAAUAAGAUCUGGUGCAACCAAUUACCUUCAGAAGUCACAUAAUUAGUUAAAUAAAGUCCACCUGUGUGCAAUCUAAGUGUCACAUGAUAUGUACACCUGUUCUGAAAGGCCCCAGAGUCUGCAACACCACUAAGCAAGGGACACCACCAAGCAAGCAGCACCAUGAAGACCAAGGAGCUCUCCAAACAGGUCAGGGACAAAGUUGUGGAGAAGUACAGAACAGGGUUGGGUUAUAAAAAAAUAUCAGAAACUUUGAACCUCCCACAGAGCACCAUUAAAUCCAUUAUAAAAAAAUGGAAAGAAUAUGGCACCACAACAAACCUGGCAAGAGAGGGCCGUCCACCAGAACUCACGGACCAGGCAAGGAGGGCAUUAAUCAGAGAGGCAACAAAGCGACCAAAGAUAACCCUGAAUGAGCUGCAAAGCUCCACAGCGGAGAUUGGAGUAUCUGUCCAUAGGACCACUUUAAGCCGUACACUCCACAGAGUUGGGCUUUACGGAAGAGUGGCCAGAAAAAAGCAUUGCUUAAAGAAAAAAAUAAGCAAACACGUUUGGUGUUUGCCAAAAGGCAUGUGGGAGACUCCCCAAACAUAUGGAAGAAGGUACUCUGGUCAGAUGAGACUAAAAUUGAGCAUUUUUGCCAUCAAGGAAAAUGCUACGUCUGGCACAAACCCAACACCUCUCAUCACCCCGAGAACACCAUCCCCACAGUGAAGCAUGGUGAUGGCAGCAUCAUGUUGUGGGGAUGUUUUUCAUCGGCAGGGACUGGGAAACUGGUCAGAAUUGAAGGAAUGAUGGAUGGCGCUAAAUACAGGAAAAUUCUUGAGGGAAACCUGUUUCAGUCUUCCAGAGAUAUGAUACUGGGACGGAGGUUCACCUUCCAGCAGGACAAUGACCCUAAGCAUACUGCUAAAGCAACACUCGAGUGGUUUAAGGGGAAACAUUUAAAUGUCUUGGAAUGGCCUAGUCAAAGCCCAGACCUCAAUCCAAUUGAGAAUCUGUGGUAUGACUUAAAGAUUGCUGUACACCAGCGGAACCCAUCCAACUUGAAGGAGCUGGAGCAGUUUUGCCUUGAAGAAUGGGCAAAAAUCCCAGUGGCUAGAUGUGCCAAGCUUAUAGAGACAUAUCCCAAGAGACUUGCAGCUGUAAUUGCUGCAAAAGGUGGCUCUACAAAGUAUUGACUUUGGGGGGUGAAUAGUUAUGCACGCUCAAGUUUUCUGUUUUUUUGUCUUAUUUCUGGUUUGAUUCCCAAUAAAAAAUAUUUUGCAUCUUCAAAGUGGUAGGCAUGUUGUGUAAAUGAAAUGAUACAAACCCCCCCCCCCAAAAAAACAAUUUUAAUUCCAGGUUGUAAGGCAACAAAAUAGGAAACAUUCCAAGGGGGGUGAAUAAUUUCGCAAGCCACUGUAAUGACAGUAAUUGGCUCUUAUAACUUCCAUUUCUUCUUACAUACAUUGCAUAAGGCCUAUAGCCUAAUACACGAAGAGUCAGAAUAGGAACAAAUUAAAAGCAUGCAAGAAAGGUGCAAUGACCAGUGACUUUAAUAGUACCCAUGUCCGCAAUUAAUCACACUGACUGGAGUGCCACAACCUAGCUAACGUUACCAGCCUGAGAUUUCAAGAGUAAGUAUCUAGUUAGCUAGCUAGCUAGCUAUCAUCAUAAGGGUUAGGCAUCAGGCUUAGGCUACAUUAAUUCUUGCAAUCAACAGCCAGCAGGCUUAGCUACUAAUUUUAGGAAUUAUAUCACAGAUAAACAGACACCUAAUGAGAACUGGCUAUUUAGUUAAUUAGCUAGCUAGCUAAUAAUUAUAGCUAUGGGGGUUGGGGAUCAUACCUAGCUAGCUACAUCUUUACUGGUAAAAAACAAUCCUGCAGCAGCCCUAUCUGGCUGGCUGGCUACCUAGCUAGCUACUUAUUGAAUGACACUAGCCAGUUUGUUUUAGCUGAAAAUACUAAUAUUGAUAAAUGUUCUUCAAAUUGUCAAUAUUAACAUUUUAUUUUGUACAGCUAUCAAAGAAAACAUUAAAAGACAAGAGAAGAGCUAAAUCCGUUUCUUACCUUAAUGUGAGCAGUGGUGGGAAAAGUACCCAAUUGUCAUACUCAAGUGAAUGUCACACAAAAUACUACUUGAGUAAAAAUCAAAGAAUUUGAUUUUAAAUAUACUUAAGUAUCAAAAGUAAAUGUAAUUGCUAAAGUAUACUUAAGUAUCAUAAGUAAAGUAUAAAUGAUUUUACAUUUCUUAUAUUAAGCAAACGGCAUGACUUUCUUGUUGUUUUUCAUUUACGAAUAGCCAGGGGCACACUCCAACACUCAGACAUAAUUUACAAAUGAAGCAUUUGUUUUUAGUGAGUCCGCCAGAUCAGAGACUUUUGAGAAUGGUUUUUUCCUGCUAAUGGAACAUUUGCGCUUAAAGCCUACUGCUGUGUGCGCAUUGCUGUGCUUAUAAUGUGAAGAAAUAGCCUAAUAGUUUAUGAACAUUUUAAGCUAAACGUUCUCAUCUGUUGCGUCAGGCUCAUUGCUUAAAAAAGUAUUUUUGAUGCUCGUGGUUGUAUUAAUUUGGGCUCUAUCGCAUCCCACAACUGUCCCAGACUAUGUAUGGAAUAUUUAUUUCUCGCACAGAAUAGAAUUUGUUAGGCUUACUCAUCUUGUUGGCUGACGAAAGGUAAAUGUUCUUCCAAUAUCUUCAAUAUGCCCCUCGGAAUUGGAUAAGGAGGCAUGCAGUUGUGUCCCUGAUGUGUCGGUCUUCACUUGUAGCCUGUGAGAAAGAUUCGAUCACGUGACAGAGAGCCAUGUGAGUGAGAGGUGCUUCAGCACGCAGCCAGGAGAAGGGAAUUAUAAUUAUUAAAUUCGGCCAGUUGUGAUACAUUUAUCAUUUGUACAUUUGUAUCACAACUAAAGUUACAUAAAUAACUCUAAAUUAAGCAUAUAGGAGUACCUGUUUCUUUGUUCACCGCUCAACACAGAAUAGCUGCAUGUGCGCAGUCCCUCAAAUCCUUUGGAGAAAAUAUAUUUUCUAUUUUAUUCAGCUAUGUUCAAUUGUAUUCUUCAUACUAUAAAAUAAUGCCACGGAAUUCUAAGCAAAUCUUGUCUGCCAAUUAAAUAGUGUAGCCCACAGCCAUAUGGCAUAGCCAGAUCAGGACCUAACAUAAGGACAACCCAGAGUAUGCUGUUAUGUUCUUCUGAAAUAGACUACAUUUUCUUCAUAUAAUGUUUCUUUAGACCUGUCAAAAAUAAAUAAUGUCUUUGUUGUGAUUGUGUAGGCUAUAUUAAAUGGAUUUAUUAUACUGUUUUAAAUGUAGAUGUUCCAAAGGUCUGCAUCAGUGACUUGUAGGCUAUGCGUGGAAGCCAGGAGAUGCUAAAUGUUUAUGUUAAUUAACGGUCAAUUACCAUGAGACCUGCAGUUAUUUGCUUGACCAAUCACCAGCUGACAAAAUGUCAUGACCGCCACAGCCAUAGGGCUACCCAUACCUCUAAUAAACGUUGUCCAAGAUCCUAAAAAUAGAGAUGUUUCUAUGUUAAAUGCAGAUGUUUAGUAUUAGGUGAUCUCUUCGAUUAGUUUUACUAAGUGUUUUCAUUCCCCUUUAAUGAAUCAAUUACACAAUCAUACAAUACAUUUGACUUUGUUUUUACCAAUCCAACUACAUAUCAACAUAAUGGUAAUCAUUUUUUUGAAUGAUAAAUCUCUGUUGAUCUCUGUUGGGUAAAUGAAGAUGUAGCCUAGGCCUAUCCACAAUACAGGUGAAUGCAUAUUCAAUAUGUGCGUGUGCAUGCAUUGAGUUGUUGAGCUUGUUUUGGUUGAUUUCAUGGGGCUACAGAUGAUAAACAAUCUGUUUCCUUUACAUUUGGGACUUAUUUUAUUGUACUGAUCAACAACAUUUGCGUAGAAGUAGCGCACAUUUCUAUAAAAGAAGCUGUCUCUUUAAUCAAAGUAACAAAUUCUAGUACUGAACCGUUUUUCAUGUACUAGUAUCAACGUUUUGGUAUACCAUGCAACACUACUAUGCGUGUCCCUUGGGUUGUAGGCUAUACUUGCAUGUAUUUAACACGCAUAGCUACAUUCAAUAUACAGUCCCCCCUGUGUGGUCUCUUGUCCCGGCUCUGUUCCUCUCCUUGACUGGCUUUCCCACAGCUCAACGUGCAGACCAAAACAGUGGAACCCCUAGUGGAGGGAGGAGCACAGGUGCAGCAGGUCAUCAACAUCGAGUGUCUGACCGACUUCAUUGACGCGCCGCUGCUCAACAUCAAGUUCAGGUACACGCGCCAGUACGCACACAGAAUAUUACACAGAACAUACAAUACAAACACCUCGCAAUCACGCACGCAAGAUCAGUAGUAUCCCAAACAUACACACACACACACACAUUUUGUUUUGUCAUCUUCAGUAUAUAAAGGUGUGCGUGUUCCUCUCAGGUAUGGGGGAGCCCUGCAGAACAUCUCUCUCAAGCUGCCUGUCACCAUCAACAAGUUCUUCCAACCCACAGAGAUGGCUGCCGCAGACUUCUUCCAGCGCUGGAAACAACUUAGCCAGUGAGUGAGAGUGGGUGUAGGGGUGGGUGUGAGGGUGUGUGUAGGGUGCGAGCAUGUAAGAGUCUGUAUUUAUGACUGUUUUCUUCUCUUUUCAGGCCCCAGCAAGAAGCACAAAAGAUCUUCAAGGCCAGCCAUGGCAUGGACACAGAAGUGCUCAAGGCCAAGGUACACACACACACACACACACACACACACACACACUGUAGGCAUAUUAAUUUCAUUCCCUUGCCUUCUGAAUGUCUUCCACAUCCUACUCCCCCCUCCCUCUCUUGUCUCUAGUUGCUGGGCCUGGGGACAGCCCUGUUGGAGAAUGUGGAUCCUAACCCAGAGAACUAUGUGUGUGCCGGAGUCAUCCAGACCAAGGCCCAACAGGUCGGCUGCCUGCUGAGACUGGAACCCAAUGCGCAGGCCCAGGUACACACACACAAAUGUACAUGCAUAUAUACACACACACACACACACACACACACACACGUACACGCAUACGCAUAUAUACACACACACAAAUGUACAUGCAUAUACACACACACACACGUACACGCAUAUGCAUAUAUAUACACACACACACACACAAAUGUACAUGCACACACACACACACAUACACGCAUACGCAUAUAUAUACACACACACAAAUAUACAUGCAUAUACACACACGUACACGCAUACGCAUAUAUACACACACAAAUGUACAUGCAUACACACACACACACACACACACACACACACAAACACACACGCAUAUAUACACAUACACAAAUGUACAUGCAUAAAUGUACAUGUGGUCCUCUGUAGCUCAGCUGGUAGAGCACGGCGCUUGUAACGCCGAGGUAGUGGGUUCGAUCCCCGGGACCACCCAUACACAACAAAAAUGUAUGCACACAUGACUGUAAGUCGCUUUGGAUAAAAGCGUCUGCUAAAUGGCAUAUUUCAAUUUCAAUUUCAUAUACACACACACGUACACGCAUACGCAUAUAUACACACACAAAUGUACAUGCAUAUACACACACACACACGUAUACGCAUAUAUACACACACACACACACAAAUGUACAUGCAUAUACACACACGCACACGUAUACGCAUAUAUACACACACACACACACAAAUGUACAUGCAUAUACACACACACACAAAUGUACAUGCAUAUACACACACAAAUGUACAUGCAUAUGUACACACACACACACACAAAUGUACAUGCAUAUAUAUACACACAUGCAUAAAUACACACACACACACACGCACAAAUGUACAUGUAUAUACAAACACACACACACAUGUACAUGUAUAUACACACACACACACACAAAUGUACAUGCAUAUACACAGACACACACAAAUGUACAUGCAUAUACACAGACACACACAAAUGUACAUGCAUACACACACACACACCACACACACACACCACACAAAUGUACAUGCAUAUAUACACACACACACACACACACACACAAAUUACAUGCAUACACACACACAAAUUACAUGCAUAUACACACACACACACACACACACACACACAAAUGUACAUGCAUAUACACACACACACACACAACAACACACACACCAAAUUACAUGCAUAUACACACCACACAACACCACACACACACAAAUUACAUGCAUAUCACACACACACACACACACACAAAUUACAUGCAUAUACACACACCACACACCACAAAUUACAUGCAUACACACACACAAAUUACAUGCAUAUACACCACACACACACACAAAUUACAUGCAUAUACACACACACACACACACAAAUUACAUGCAUAUACACACACACACACACACACACACACACACAAAUGUACAUGCAUAUACACACACACACACACACACAAAUGUACAUGCAUAUACACACCCCACACACACAAUACAUAUUACACAACACACACACAAAUCGUUCCUCAUGUGACCUCAGCACACACACGUCACGCCGCAAACAACUGUACAUGCAUAACACACACCCACAUUUCAAUUUACAUCAUAUCACACCCUCCAUCACACACAAAUGUACACGCAUAUACACACACAGAGUCCGUCUGUCCUUCUCUGUGCUGCUCUCAUUGCAUCACUCACGGCUGUCUGUGUCUUUCUGUGUGCUGCUGCAAAUCAAGCCUGGCGAGCAGGUAACACAUCUGUCCCUGUUCUCUCUCUCUUUCUUUCUCCUCAUCCCCCUCUUCUCUCUUUCACACCCUUUUUUUCCAUUUUCUCAUUCACUUUUCCCUCCACAUUGAUUCUUCCACACUUUCUUACUGACACCCCAAAUUGAACACUUGAAUCUCCACAUUCUUUCUCCUCUCUCUCUCUCUCUCUCUCUCUCUCUCUCGCUCUCGCUCUCUCUCGCUCUCUCUGUGCAGUGUUAGACUCCAGGUUAAUAAUGUGUCAUCAGUGUAAAUCCAUUCUACCCUCGUCUCGUGUUAAACUUUUAGAUGAUCCAAAAUAUACAGUGCCUUAAGAAAGUAUUCAUACCCCUUGACUUAUUCAACAUUUUAUUGUUACAGCAUGAAUUCAAAAUUGAUUAAAUAUAUAUUUUUUACCCAUCUACACACAAUACCCCAUAAUGACGAAGGGAAUAUAUAUUUUUAGAAUUACAGAAAUAUCUAAUUUAAAUAAGUAUUCACACCCCUGAGUCUAUACUUUAUAGAAGAACUUUUGGCGUUGAUUUUAGCUUUGAGUCGUCUUGGGUAUGUCUGUAUCAGUUUUGCACAUCAGGACUUUCACAUUCUUGUUUUGAAGCCAUUCAAGCGUUGCUUUUGCUGUAUGCUUGGGGUCAUUGUCCUGUUGGAACGUAAAUCUUUGCCCCAAUCUAUGAUCUUUUGCACUCUUGAAGCAGGUUCUCAUCAAGGAUUUGCCUAUAUUUGGCUCCAUUCAUUGUUCCAUCUAUCCUUACCAGUCUCCCAGUCCAUGCCGCUGAAAUGCAUCCGCAUAGCAUAAUGCUGCCACCACCAUGCUUCAACGGUAGGGAUGGUGUUAAGAUGGGCGAGGAGCUGUGCCUGGUUUUCUCCAGACAAAACGCUUUCCAUUCAGGCCAAGAGAUACAUUUUUGUCUCGUCAGAAUCAUCUUUUGCCUUAUGCUCUGAGUCUUUCACGUGCCUUUUUGCAAACUCCAGGCGUGCUGUCAUGUGCCUUAUUCUCAGGAGUGGCUUCCGUCUGGCCACUCUCCCAUAAAGCCCAGAUUGGUGAAGUGCUGUAGAGACUGUUGUCCUUCUGUCAGGUUCUCCCAUCUCAGCCAAGGAACUCUGUAGUUCUGUCAGAUUGGUCAUUGGGUUCUUGGUCACCUCCCUGACCAAGGUCCUUCUUGUACAGUUGCUCAGUUUGGUCGGAUGGACAGCUCUAGGCAGAGUCUGGGGAGUUCCAUAUUUUUUCAAUUUCCCAAUGAUGGAGACCACUGCUCUUGGAAACUUUAAACACUCUAGAAAUUGUUUUAUACCCUUCCCCAGAUAUAUGCCUCAUCACAAUUCUAUCUUGGAGCUCUACAGACAGUUCCUUGGACUGCACGGUAUAGAUUCCGCUCUGACAUGCACUGUCAACUGUGGGACCUUGUAUUGAGUGUUUCUUUCUAAAUCAUGUCCAGACAACUGAGUUGGCCACAGAUGGACUCCAAUCGAGUUGUAGUGACAUCUCAAGGAUUUUCAAAGGAAAUUGGAUGCCCCUGAGCUCAAUUUGGAGUGUCAUAUCAAAGGGGUGUGAAUACUUACACUACCAGUCAAAGGUUUGGACACACCUACUCAUUCAAGGGUUUCUUUAUUUGUACUAUUUUCUACAUUGUAGAAUAAUAGUGAAGACAUCAAAACUAUGAAAUAACACAUAUGGAAUCAUGUAGUAACCAAAAAAGUGUUAAACAAAUCAAAAUAUAUUUUAUAUUUGAGAUUCUUCAAAUAGCCACCCUUUGCCUUGAUGACAGCUUUGCACACUCUUGGCAUUCUCUCAACCAGGUUCAUGAGAGAGUCACCUGGAAUGCAUUUCAAUUAACAGGUGUGCCUUCUUAAAGGUUAUUAUGUGGAAUUUAUUUCCUCCUUAAUGCGUUUGAGCCAAUCAGUUGUGUUGUGACAAGGUAUGGGGGGUAUACAGAAGAUCCAUAUUAUGGCAAGAACAGCUCAAAUAAGCAAAGAGAAACGACAGUCCAUCAUUACUUUAAGACAUGAAGGUCAGUCAAUACGGAACAUUUGAAAGUUUAUUCUAGUGCAGUCGCAAAAACCAUCAAGCGCUAUGAUGAAACUGGCUCUAAUGAGGACUGCCACAGGAAAGGAAGACCCAGAGUUACCUCUGCUGCAGAGGAUAAGUUCAUUAGAGUUACCAGCCUCAGAAAUUGCAGUCCAAAUAAAUGCUUCACAUAGUUCAAGUAACAGACACAUCUCAACAUCAACUCUUCAGAGGAGACUGUGUGAAUCCGGCCUUCAUGGUCGAAUUGCUGCAAAGAAACCACUACUAAAGGACACCAAUAAGAAGAAGAGACUUGCUUGGGUCAAGAAACACGAGCAAUGGACAUUAGACCGGUGGAAAUGUGUCCUUUGGUCUGGAGUCCAAAUUUGAGAUUUCUGGUUCCAACCGCUGUGUCUUUGUGAGACGCGGUGUGUGUGAACGGAUAAUCGCAGCAUGUGUAUUUCCCAUCGUAAAGCAUGGAGGAGGAGGUGUUAUGGUGUGGGGGUGCUUUGAUGGUGAUACUGUCUGUGAUUGAUUUAGAAUUCAAGGCACACUUAACCAGCAUGGCUACCACAGCAUUCUGCAGCGAUACACCAUCCCAUCUGGUUUGGGCUUAGUGGGACUAUCAUUUGUUUUUCAACAGGACAAUGACCCAACACACCUCCAGGCUGUGAAAGGGCUAUUUUACCAAGAAGGAGAGUGAUGGAGUGCUGCGUCAGAUGACCUGGCAUCCACAAUCCCCCAACCUCAACCCAAUUGAGAUGGUUUGGGAUGAGUCGGACCGCAGAGGGAAGGAAAAGCAGCCAACAAGUGCUCAGCAUAUGUGGGAGCUCCUUCAAGACUGUUGGAAAAGCAAUCCAGGGGAAGCUGGUUGAGAGAAUGCCAAGAGUGUUCUAAGCUGUCAUCAAGGCAAAGGGUGGCUAUUUGAAGAAUCUCAAAUAUAAAAUAUAUUUUGAUUUGUUUAACACUUUUUUGGUUACUACGAUUCCAUAUGUGUUAUUCUACAAUGUAGAAAAUAGUAAAAAUAAAGAAAAACCCUAUAAUGAGUAGGUGUGUCCAGACUGUUGACUGGUACUGUAUGUGAAUGAGAUUUCUGUAUAUCAUUUUAAAUCAAUUUGCUAAAAUUUCUAAAAACCUUGUUUUCACUUCGUCAUUAUGGGGUAUUGUGUGUAGAUUGGGGAGAAUGUAAUCCAUUUUGAAUUGAGGCUGUAACACAACAAAAUGUGGAGUAAGUCAAGGGGUAUGAAUGCUUUCUGAAGGCACUGUAUAUAUAUUAUGUGUGUUUGAACUUUACUGACCACCCUGUAUGUUAAUUCAUGUUUAAGGGUGUGUGUGUCGUCUGUGUGUAGUCUUGAGCACACGUGUGUGUGCGCAUGUUAGUGUGUGUGUGUUUACCCAUGUUAAACCUGUGUCCCCUCUCUCUGUCAGAUGUACCGGCUGACUCUGCGCAGCAGCAAGGACACCGUCUCCCAGCGCGUCUGUGACCUCCUGGCAGAACAGUUCUAAAACCCUGAGUCUAGAACCCACCCAACGCGCUCCAGGCCGCCAUCAUCAUCACGCUGUAGACACCCAACACACCGAGACCAGCAUUUCAACUCACCCCACCCAUUUCAUCCCUCCCUCCCACCCCACCCAUUUCAUCCCUCCCU